AUUAUUAUUUCGGUACGCGGCCACCGUACGAUAACCACAGCCGAGCGCACGAAACGGGUCUCCGGAACCGGUGCCGCCUGCAGAGCAGCCGAGGACCGCGACGUUAAACUAUACGACAAUCACGUUUUUCGAAUGAGAACAAUACCGAAGUGCGUAAACGCAGCAAAUAAAUAAAUACAAAUCGUAGAAAGGAAAAAAAAAAAAACCCGUUACGAACAUAAUACACGCAAUAAUUGUCGUCUCGCGCGGUGAUUUUCGUUUCGUUUUUCAUCCGCAGUCGUCGCGUUCGGUUUCGGAUCGCAACAGGUAACAAUAUUAUUAUUAUUAUUAUUAUCACGGUCGUUUGACGUUAUUUCUCUCUGGACACCUAAUUUACAGGCCGUCCAGCCGUCGCCGUACAACAGCCCGGGGGUCGCGGUGUCGUCUUUCAGCGGCGGCGGAGUCCAGAACGUCGAAUCGCCGAAACGAUAAAUAUUCGCGCGGCCUUUUUCGGGAUCCGUGCCGCCGGUCUCGCCCGCUAAUAUUCCGUACGGACGGCGCGGCCGGUUUCUCGUUAGCACCCGGCGCCGCCGAAACGCCGUAGACCGAGCAAAAAGGUAUCCGACAAUUCGCCGCCAGCCGAACGCAGUGCCCGCGUCCCCGGGCCCCCUGCCCCGCGACUACUGCACGCGAGAUGAUAAAUGAUAUUAUCGCUAUUUGUCGGCGAUAACGCGGGCGAACCAACGGCGACGGUCGACGAACGAUAAUAAUAAUAAUAUCGCGUCGCGCAAAUAUAGCGGCCGUGGCGCGCGCGCGGAUAACCGGCUCGCCCGUGCGCCCGACCGGUAACCGCGCCACACGCCGAAUCGUGUAAUCGUCACAUUAUUCCGUGUACGUUUACUUAACACGCGUUUCAAAUCCGAUAGCGACAAACGAAAAUAAUAUUGCACCGCCGACCGCGCAGCCGAGUGCACGUCGCCGUCGAUCGCCGGAGCCGCCACACGAUGAUUUCACUGGAGCAGUUACCGCCGGGUAUGUCUCGCCAUAAUCGUAAUUAACAAAUAACAUGUAGACGAUAUUGACAUGACGCAACGCCGUUUUCGAUAUGAUAUUUAAUGCUGUUCAUCAAUCACGCGGGGGGAAGGGGGGGUGCGUGUUUAGAAACGAACCGCACACCGAACCGAAUGUGUGUUGUAAUCGCGCGAAUAAAAAAAUAAAAAAAAACAAAUAAAACGACCGGCCGUUUAAAAAACGAACGAUUUCUUUACGGACAAAUAGGUUUGGUAGGUGUACACGGCGCGUUCGUGUUCGAUUUAUUCAAAAAAAAAACAUUUUCGUACGCCAACGUUGACGAGGAUUGACCGUUACAGUUUUACUGUAGAGACGUUUUAGUAAUUAUCUGUUUAGUAACUAUCAGGACCAUAAUAUGAUGGGAUGUUGACGUUUCAAAGAUUAGUUCUCUGAGGAAAUCUGAAUAAAUUCGACCAAAAGUGUGGUAUCGAAAAACCUGCGCAAUUCAAUUUCGAUCGGAAUAACAUCGAAACAUGACAGUUGAUAAAGCAGCCGAAUCUUUAUCGGUUAUUUUACUUAUAGAUCGUGACGUACAAAUUAAUUACAAUGAUGUGCAUAUAAUUACGUAAGUUUAUACACCCAUCUGUAGACUGUAGUUACUGUUAUUACAGUAGUUAUUGAAAUAUAUAAAUAGGUACGGCUAACGAGAAGGGCCGUGGGCCCGUUGUGCCCCUCCCCCCCCCCCUCGUAAACGCCCCAUGCGGCACCGAGCACCUGUAAUCGAAUCCGGGGAGAGGGGAAAAAAAUACAAAACGAUAAUAAUACCGAUUCGUAAUAUUGUUGUUACAGUAUUUUUAUCGUAGGAUUAUCGAAAUACUGCGGUUACUAUAAUAUGAUAUUAUUGCUCCGUCAAUUGUUCGAACUAUUUUUAUUAUUUUUAUUUAGCUGUUUCCGCCUUUGCAAACGCACCAUAUAGUUGAACCGCGUUUACGCAGACUGCGCAGAACUCUAUUGACUUUGGUUUUAGAAGAAAAACGCCUAGUAUAAAAUCAAAAGGGGACAAUAUUCCGGAGGACAAGGCGUUGUGUUUUUUUCGAUUUUCUCCGAAUACAACGGUCAAUUUACCGUUUAUAAAAUAACGACUUUUCAACUUUUUUUUGAUUCACUAAAACUUUAAAAAAAAAAAAAACGCAUCGUCUCGCUAUCCGAAAUAUUGUCCUUUUUAAAUUUUACAACAGGUGUUUUUACUCUAAAACACAAAGCUAAGCGAGUUCUGUGCAGUCUACGUAAGCAUGGUUUUACUAUAUCUUGUGUUUUGUAAGACAGUAACAACAAAUACAUGCGCCACGUUCUUUUAAUGCAGCGGUGUUAUUCACGCGGGAUGCAAGACAAUGCGGUGAAAAUAAUGAUACGAGUAUAUUAUGGUAUUACAGUACCGACUACCGAACGAACGAUAGUUUUGUUAAAUUAGAGCGUAGACGAUUUUCUUUGAUGCACUAUGAAACAUAUAUUAUGCUUACAUAAUACGCAGUGGCGCACACAGAGCGGGGGUUAGUAGGUUAACCUCCCUCCCCGAAAUUUCUUCCUGCACUGCUUUUUUUUUUUUUGCGAAAUCAAGUUUUACAUUCAACAACACACUAUCACGUACCGUAGAAUAAAAUACAAUUCUUCCGUUAAAUUUCACCGUACGGUACGGAUUUUUCGUUUCCAGCUGGGGCUUUAAAAUACGGUUCAUCAAAAUCUAAAAUUGAUUGCGUACCGCGUACAGAAUAUAAACAUUAAUAUAAUUGUACACGAUGGUUAGUGUCGUUAUAACUAUACCUAUACUAACCGAUUUUGCGGUGCCCUGUUUGCGCGUGGACAUUAUGGAUAUUUGUCCGUGGUCCGUGCGGAUCAGGGGCCCGCGCCGACUCGGGGCUCUCUUCCCGUUAUACGGGGAAAAAAAAAAAAUAAAUAUGUAUCGUAUUGAAUAAGCAAAAUUAGAAAUUAUCACGACCGGGAAGCGAGCCGAUAAGCGAAAAAAAAUGACAACAGCGGGGGACCUGUUUUCACGAUACUUCCCCACUGCUACCCACGCUUGUUGAAGAAGUACAGCUUGUGUGUAUUUUAAAUCCUGUUUCGUACUUAGCGAUGUAGGCUCACAUACACAGGUAACCAAUGCACUAUGCAACGAAGUAAAAUUAAUCCUACGUCUAAUUUAGCUGACUUAUAACACAACUGCGGUUGCCCACGCUCCGGCUUUCCGGGGGCCCGGUUCAUAAACCCGGCGACCCGGAAGCUCGUCCUGCCCUUCCUUUACUAACAAACAUAAUGACGAGAACGUUUGUUUGACGAGCUGCAUUUGUGCGUUGGGUUUUCACCGAUAUUUUAAUUUUGAAGCCGGAUUCGAUGAUUUUUAAAUUGUAAUGUUUCGCGUGUUCUGGUAUUUUCGUAACUCGCUUGAAAAUUACAAUAUCGAAAAAAUUGAAACGGACAUCCGAAAACAAACAAUUUUCUCGCCUUUAAGUUACACACGAGUAUUAAAACUAAUAGCGAAAAAUCGGUUUUUGUAUACAAAAUGUACAACCACGUCACCUACUUUAUAAUAUAGUAGGUAACCUAUAUAGCAGCUGGUUAGGCGUUAUAGCAUACAAUAUGCUUUUAUAAGGUUAAUGAUAUUUAACUCGAGUUUUUUCAAGGAUAUUCGGUUACAAGAAAAAUUAAUUUUUUCAUUCGUUUUAUGUUAAUUUUACAUGCUAUAUUAUAUUACAGUAUAUACUUGUCGUGCAAAAACACGGCGAUUCGUAAAACAUUUGCUAUUAUAUCGAUUAACCGGUAGAUACCUAUACUACGCCAUGUCAGUGGCGUAUUUUAAUAUUUUUUCUGAGAGGAGAGCUGAGCGGGUCCAUAAUUUAUACGCGUAACUAUUAAUGGCUAUAAUGAUAUAGUUUGCUAUAAUUGCUAUAAUACGAAGGUACAUCGUAAAUGCUUUAAGGAGUUUAAUUGAAUAUACGCAAUUUUAUAUAGGUAUUUUAUUUCGCUGUAAAUAAUCGUCUUGAACUGUAAAUCCGCCGCUUCAAUUUGAAUUCGAUAUCGAUUUUUCGGAUAGUGACAGUCCAAACACAUAGUUUGGAAAUAUUACCAACGUAAUUAUAAAUUUCGGUUGGGCGAUCGAUCAUCGGAAAGCGCUAUAGUUUGAUUCAACGUUUCCCACGUAAUCCCAUUCACAUAUUUCCCCUGGAACUAACUCGCACUCAAAUAAUAUAGUUCUGAACAAAUCACCAACUAAAUUGUAUCGCUCGAUCCGUCUAGGUUCGUAAUUUCUGUUUAAAUUAUUUUUUAGAGAUGUUCGAAUCAUAAAUACAACAAAAAAAGUCUCUGAUUUCCCUGUAGUUUUCAUACGAUUGCCUAUUUUGACAAUGGCACAACUAUAAACAUGAUUUAUAUUUUCUAUGCAUAUCACCAAACUAUGGUGCUGUAGUGUAGUAAACUAUGCUAAUACUCAAAUUAUCUUUUUCUAGACGCGAUAUUUUUUGCAUAACAAUUCUCGUGCUACUUGAAGGCAUUUGACAUUUUGAUAGUUGAAAAAAUCACGGAAUUUUAGAUAAUGUUAAACCGAAAUUCGCUCAUACUUCGUUAGCAAUGAUUUAUCGUUAUACGUAAAUUAUACAACUUUAAACGCAUACCUGUCUUCUGAACUUUUGAUGAAUGCAUUUGAAUGUACUAAUGCAUAAUAUAAUAUCGUUUUGCAAAAAUUUGUACAGACUCACAUUAUAAUUCGCUCGUCAAAUAUUAAAACACAAAUGACGACGAUUCCUUAAAAUUCCACGAUGAAAUUAUGUAUAUACAAUAUUUUACAACAGAUUGUGCGUUUUACUUUUUGUCGAUAUUUUUAGUUGGACUUUAUGAUACAAUUACAAUGAUAGUUUUUUUUUUUUUUUUUUUUGAAAACCGAACUGACAUAUACCAUACGUAUGAUUGGGGAAAAUCUAAAAAAAAAUUUAAAAAAACCCGAGUUCAUACAUGUAUAGUCGAAUAUUCUGCAGGAGGUGCAGGAAAACGGAACGCGCCUCGAUAAAUAUAAUUGGACGACCGUUCUUCAACGACAAUCCGUGCAAAAUGCCUACGAAUAACGUCGUUAAAAAUCCAUAGGCGUUUACGGGGUCUCGGAUUGUUUUUGUGUUUCAACCGUAUCACAAAUUUUAAUCAGUGUUUUUUUUUUUUUUUUUACCUUAUUCGUUAUUAUGUUCAAAUUUUAUAUGCGAAAAACCCAUAAUUUAACGGUGACACGCCGAGAUCUGGGUCAAGAGAUAAAAUUAUUUUUUCUUUUCAUUAUAUUAUCGUAUACGAUACGGAAAAUUGGAAUAAUAAAAAAACAAAUAUUAAUUUAUUUUUUAUUUUUCUUACAACUACCAUUGACUGUGCAAACGAUUUUUAUAAAAUGAGUAUUGCUGAUUUUUCAGUAUAGAAUAAUAUAAUAUUAUGGUUCAGCCAAACAAGUUUUUUUUUUUUAAAUUCUUUGUACUUUACCCAAUUAAUAUUAUUGAUAGUUUUUUUUUUUUUUUUUUUUUAUUUGAAAGUUUUACUCUUUUACUCUUCAAACGGGAAACCAAAUAUUUGACUUUGGAUAUUUUGAUUUCUUUAUAUUAUCAUUGCUAUAAACCAUAGUAUUAUUUUAAUGAUUAAAUAAUCUCAUGAUUGGAUUUUAACGUGAUUAAAAAACAAAAAGCAAACUGUUUCAUUUAAAUUAAGUUAGUACGGGCAACAAAAACCGAGCAUUUUUAACUGUAACUACGAAACUGUUUUUCACGAAAAUAAUAAAAGCGCCUUAUUUCUUAUAAAACUAAUUAUAACUUUUUUGCUAAACUCGGCAUCUUAAAGUAUCGACAGAUACUUUACUAAUUACUAGUUACUAAUUACAGAUACUAUUACGAAUUAUUGUAAAUAUACGAUUUUAGUUACAAUAAUUUACUGUGUAUUUGUUUUUAAACCCAAACAUUUGACACGUUCUGUAGACUCGAUAUUUUUUAAUCAUUAUCAAUAACAAUACUAAACGACCCGUAUUUACGUUUUUUUGACCAUUAAAAAAAAAUUAAUAUCUAAUUAACAACAUCCUCGUGAGUUUACAAAGUGUUAAUAAAUGUACAUAUGUUUGUCAAAUAGUAUUUUCAAAUAGUAUUAUUAAAAAACUGUUUAGCUAAAUAAUUUGAAAACAAUUAUUAAUCUAUACCAUAACGGUAAUACAAUUACGAUAUACGAAAACACAAAAAUAUAAUUAUAAUUUAAUAACGUAUGUAUUAUAUUUUGUUGUUACGUUUUCAGUGGACGUUCGAUUAAAAAAAAAAAAAAAAAAAAAAAAUGAAAAAAUACUCUAAUAAAGUUAAACGUAAAGAUAAUCGAGUUUGUAUCAAUCAUCAUAGUAACAUUAUUAUAUACUUACUCGGAGUUCUACGCUCGAGUUCGGUUUUGUAAUCCGUUAUUAUAACUGAAUUAUAACGCAUUCGCGUGUUCAUACCGAGCGUGUACAUACACGACCUCAUGGGUUAUGAAAUGUGCCCAUAUUAUGGGCGUUUCGAAUCGGUCCGGGUACAUAGACCAAAUUGUAUUCGGGACGUUUGAAGGGUUAACGCGUAUUUUUCUAUUGACGCAUCAUAUCAUUUGCACGGUUUGCGCGCAAAAAUAGACGAACCCGUGCGAGUCUACAAAAUACCGCCAAUAGUUUGCAAACAAAAAUGAGAAUUGAUAAUGUGUCGGUCGGAAAUUCGUUCAACACUACCGUGGAAAUAUAGUUUUGAUAAACGAAAAUAAUAUAUUCUUAAUGUUUAAGGUAAAACAAUUGUUUUCGUCUAACGCAGUUCAGUGUUCAUAAUUACACGGUAGUCGUUAUUACACGGCUCCCGACGGGCCGCGUCGCUGGCUGCAAUCAGUUUUCAUAUACGUGUAGUUAGAAAAUAUGUGUGUUAAUAAUAUUAUAUUUUGUAAUAAUUUUGUAAUUUUUUCGCGAUUUAGUUAAAGAUUAAUGUAUUUUAUCGCCGAGAUAAUUUAAUGAACUUGAAAAUAAAUUAAACACUGUAGCAUAGAUUUAAAAAUUAAUAAUAUGUUUCGUUUUUUUUUUUUUUUUUUGAAACUGUUGUAAAUUUUUUAUUGUAAGUAAGUACAUGUUUUGUAAUUUUUACUCUGCGUAUUUGCAUCGUACCUGUUUAGUGAAUGUUAUAAUUUCGGUCUCUAGUUUUAACAGACAUUAUAUUCUACCAGAAAACUGCGCACCUAUAGUUUCAGGAUAAAUUUCACUAUAAUCGAUGUCUAGUCGUUCGUAACUCUAAGUAUAUUAAACUACUUUUACAUCAUAUUUAAAUAGUUAUUUUCAAAUGCUUAUAGGUACUGAGUGAAUAUUUUCUAUUCGGCGGUUAAAGCGGGAAAAAAGUUCGAAAGAAAAUUAUAAUAUUUACCGAAAAUCGUUCCCGAGAACUAACUAAACCAUACCACGCAACGUGGAGUGAAGAUUUCCAAAAUAUAUUUCUUUCACGCACGUUUGUUCAUAGGAACGUUAUUUUUAUAGCAGGGAUAGAAAACGUUUUUGAAAAUACGUUAUUUAACGAAAAUAAAUUAUACCAUGGUACAAAUAAUAAUAUUCAAAAAAAAAUUGUUAUAUACCUAUUAAUUUAUGGUAAUAAUAAUUCUAUUAUCGAAAAAGUGGUAACCUCAUGAUUGAUAACUAAUUGUUGAUAAUUAAUUAAGUUGUAUGAGAGAGCUGUGGUUGUUAAACGAGUGUAUUGGUUUCAGUGAGCUCGUGGAUUUGGUUUUUUUUUCGGAAUUAUAUAGAUAAUAUUAUUAUCUAUCUUCUCUGUCUAUAUAAUAACGAACGUAUGUGUGUUUAUCCUUUAUGCAUUCAUCCGAUAGCUAUAGAAAUCCACCACCCGUUAAUUACCGUUAACGAAAAUUCGGUUUUUAAUGUAUUUAGGUAUUUUUUUUUUUUUGUAUAAAAAUCUAAUUAUUUUUGUUGAUUUAUGGGUUACCUAUUGGUAACACGGAUGAAAAAAAAAAAAAAAAAACAUUGCCAGUAACUUUCGUAGUGCAAUCCCUGUGCUGUGCGGAUAUCUAUGGUAAUAAAAUUCAUAAUGAUAAUUUAUCGAUUAACUUUAUUUAGAAACUUUUUUUUUAUUGCGCGGACAACCUUGUUAUAUUAUAACAAAACGGCAUCGAUAGUAUUCGCCGAACACCGUAGUGGUAAUAUGACCUUUCGCCUAUUCGCCAUAAAUAUUAUAGCAAUAGUACCUGUUAAUAACAAUUUUGAUGUAUCCGAUAUCUAUUGCGAAUUGUUUUUCGUACAAAUAAAUAGGAAUAUAUAAUACGCAGUACGUAUAUCCACUCUAUAAGAAUUUAUUUGCGCUUGACACGUACAUGGACCACUCGUUUCCUCCACUAGGAUUCCCGUUGACACAGUGGCGCCAUUUAAGUUUUUGUGAAAGAAGGGGGCGAAAGUUUUAACCUACAAAUUCAUCCGUCACCAUUACGUUUUUAUCUCAAUACAAAUAUCCUUAUUAUAUCAUUUUAUACUUACCUCCUAUCACAGGCAUGAAUAACCCGUUUUUUUCGAGGGACAACAAUAUUAAUAACAAAAUAAUAAAUAUUUUUGUAGAGGGAGACCUACAUGACUUGGCUACCUAAUUAUAUUACCUAUUAGCUACUAUAUGCAGAUUUAAUUUGUGGUUAAUUUUCUCUUAAUUUAUGUUCUAUUUGAGACAAUAUGUAUGGAGUAUACACGUAUUUACAAAAAAUAUAACCAUGUCAUGGACAUCAGUAUAGGUAAUCAUAGAAUAAAUUAAAUAAGAAUAGAUACUUCCCAAAAAUGUACAUGGACUCUUACAAGAACCCGGAAAUUUCAGCUAAAGUGCAAUUAAUGUUAACGAAAAGAACAAAAAAUAUUGUAUACAAUUAUCACACUUAUCACAAAUAAAUCUUUAAAAAUUUUAGCUCAGAGUAGCCGUAUGAAACAUGAAUCAUGAAUUAUGUUUGAAGCCUUGUAGCCAAAAACUAAUCCAUACCCAAUGAUGACAAUACCUUCCCUGCACCUCUCCAAAUGAUGCCACUGCGUUAACACUGUUUUUUUACGAUUAAAUAUGCAUGCUGUGCAAACUUUUGCAAAGUAGCAUCGUUGCCAAUGUAUAAUUUGUUGUUAUGAUUUUAAUAUAUAUAUAUAUAUAAUGAAUUAAACUAACAGCAAAUUUAAAAAGACGUCCUAGGGUAAUGGGGACGGGUGCAGCCACUGUUAUAGAUCAUUUAAUGUAUAUCUGUAAGCAACGAUAAACCAUUGUUUACAAAAAAACGAUUCUGAGUGAAAUUCAGUUGGUAGUGACACUUCAUCAACAAUAUACAUGUCAUUUUAUAGUAAAAUAAUUAAAAAGGCUUUAUAUAUUUUCUUUAAUAAUAUUUGUUUAAUGUUGUAUUGAUUUACUUAAUUUCCUACGUUUUUCCCGAAUUUCUCAUGUUUUAUCCUAGUUUUUCACAUUUGCUGGUAAAAGUCCUGAGAAAAACAAAAAAUUGACCUCUUUAAAAUACCUUCCCAGUGAAAUUUCUCUCUAGAAACAUUACUAUUGUUAAAGGUUGGAAAAAAAUUGCUGAUAGAAAAGUUGUUCACAGAAAAAACAAAAGGCUGUAAUAUAUUUUAACUAAUACAUAAUUCCUUAUAUUUUCUUGGUUUUCUUCGGUUUUUGAAAUUUGAUGAAAAAGCUUUUGAGAAAAACGAAAAAUAACAUUCUUAAAGUACCUCCGCAUAACGAUUUUCUUUCAGAAAAGGUGUCAUACGUAGAAGUCCGAGCAAGUCUACUUGUAGAAAAGUUGUUAACAGAUAAAAAAAAAAAUAAACAUUUUUUGUAAAACUAUAAGCCUUUUCGUUUCACUUAGAAUCUGAAAAAAUAUUUAUUUAUGCUUAAAUAAUGAGCUAAAAAAUACACAAGUCAUUAGCAGACUAGCAAUGUUCAAAUUGAAAAUAUAAAAGAAGAAGGAUCUGUUUAUGGACAAAUAAACAAAUAAGAAAUAGAAGUACGUUAAUAUUUUUUAAAAAUACGUAGUCAAUAUUAUUUUUGUUAUCAAAAAUAUUUAGUAUCCAUUUCACUGCGUCCACUGAUAAAGUAUUAAGUAGCCAUGUGAUGCUAUGAAAUUAUUAUCAAUUUAUUUACACACAAUAUUAUACAGUUAUUAAAAAAUUAUUUUAUUUUUGUGUUGUUUUUUUUUUUUUUUAUGAGCCAGUCAGCGCAGUCAUUACCAGCUAAAACAAUCACAAACAUGAAAUGAUUAACAAUAUAGUGCUAACAUACAAACUGUGUCACAAUUACACAGAUACUAAAGUAUUUUAUUAUUCUCCAAAACGGGUAGUGGCGCAACAAGAACGUCUAACGCUCGUGGUAAAAUAUUCAAAUAUCCACAGUUGAAUUCCAUAAGGCCAUAUUGGUUUAAAUAUCAUAGUACAAGAGGCAUUUGCUUGUCAAGUCUAGUUCGGAAUGUUUUACUCGUUUAUUUCAAUAAUAUCCGUGGAUUUUGAAUCUAGUUCUAAUAUGUUGUCCAUACUGUUUAUUAUUUUCCCUUUUUUGAAACAUAUUGAUUAGUAAACAUGGUUUAAAAAUGUAUAUUAUAUUGGUCUUCCGACGAGAAUCUCAUCGAAAAGAUUGAUCCCGGGACCUCUGAAUGUUUUAAUCCGGGCUUGUAUGUUUGCCUAAAAUAAAUUAUAAUUUCUGAUCUAAAUAUUGAGAUUUUACUUUAUUUCGACCAGCCUAAUGUUGUCGCACAAUAGUUUUUUAGCCAGAUAAAGUCAUAUCUCAAAAGUAUAACAGUUUCACGUGAGAAAAAUAAUACUACAUUUAUGAAAAAUUACGAAACAUUAAAAGUCGAUUUCGUAUUUUGAUUUGUGUGUCAUUAUUCUAUAUACUACAUACUGAUUAAUAUCCUAUCAGAUAUUGUAUUAUAAUACCUGUGAUUUGCAGUAACCACGGAUGUGGUUUUUGAACCGCAUAUGCGCGCAUCAUAAAUUUAAGAUUUAGAUGUGUAAGCAAAAAGAAUAAAAAUAAUAAUAAUAAUAAUAAUAAAACCAUCGGAUUGAGACGAUUAAAUUAAUAAUUUAACAAAUAUGUAUCCCAUAGAUAUUUGUAUUCGAUUCAGGUCAUCGUUAUAUUUUAUUGUUUUAUAAACCAACUAAUAAUAAAUAUUGGUAUAUUUUUUUUAUGGCUCGUGGCGCAAUAAACGCAAUAUUAUAUUUUCUCUACCAUAUUAGCGAUAAUAUAACGCGUCAUAUACGUUCCAUAUUCCGUGGAUUCCAAAUUAUUUCUAAAACGUAAUAUUAAUAUUUACUACUAUAAAUCCAUAUAUACUAUUAUAUUAUAAUAAUAAAGUUAAGUUUGCUGUACUCUGUCAACAUAAUCUAUAAUACAAUAAAACAUUUUGUGUUCUCCUUUUAAAUGAGGAAUUUUUUUUUUUUUUUUUUAGUUUUGUGCAUCAAUUUAAGACAUCGAAAACAAAUCGUUUUCAGCUAAAAUCAUUUGUUAUCGUUCAGUCUAUUAUUCCUUUCUGUUCGAAUUUAUAGUAUACAUUUAUUUUCUUUACAAACGGACAACUCCACUUAAAAGUACAGUAAAUUUACAUAAUACGAUAAUUAGGAUAACAACGCAAAAGUGGGAUCGGUAUUAGUAGAACAAUACAGGCGGACCAUGGAAGCAUUUACAAAGAAAUUGGAAGAUCGAUGUGAAAGGGAAUAGAACACAGAGUAUGACAUGGAGUUGGAAUAAGGAAAUUAAUUUAAGCAAUUAAGGUAUAAGAAUUAAUUUGGUUGAAUAGUAGUGUUAAUUGAAUAUUUAUCAUAAUAUGUCUUCGAUUUAAAAGGUUAUGGAGGCCUAACGUAAGCAGGAAAGUUGCAAAGUCGCGAGAGAGGCAAGCAAUUUUAAGCCUAUAGGUGACCAUCUGGAGAAACUUCCGCUGGACCAAUUCGAUCAUAUCGCUGACGACAAAAGAAAUUAGAGUCCCAAAGGACAGAACCGUACUCCAGGAUGAGGUGGAUGAGUGAGCAGUAUAAUGAUUUGAGUAGAGUGAUUAAGCAAAAAUUGUAGGAGAUGCCGUUCACAAAGCCAAAGAUAUUGAGGUAUUUACAGCAAGCAGUUUCUACGUGCAUAAGUAGGGAGGAAAGGUUUUUGGCGAAUGUGAAAUCAAGAUUACGAACAGAAUUUCUAGCAAGAGAUACUCCCCAAGUGAGUGACCAGUCAAGGUCGUCCUAAAGUAGAAGACAGUCGAAGCGGGAGUUGAUUUGGAGGACGAGUCAUGUCGAUAGAAAACAAUUAGUAGUUUGGCGUUAAAAGGGACAGGAAAAACAGAAGCAACUAAAAAAGCAAAAAGAAAAGGUGACAGGACAACUCCUUGGGGGGACGCCAGAAGAAGAAGAAAAUACAUUAGAAGAGGCACCUGGGACAGAGACAAAUAGUACACGGUCAGUGAAAUAGAAACGUAUCCGUUAUGGGGGGGAGGGAGGAAUAUUAGAUUAUUUGAUAAACCCACAAAUAUCACUCGCCCCGUCACGUUUACAGUCGUUACAUUUAGUUGUGCCUUCAUAAAAGUUUCCUUCUUGCGGUCCCUCACUGUCACUUUAUAGGAGAAAAUCGAUUAAAUUCAAAGUAAAUUUUAUAAUACAAUAUAUAUUACACCAUAAUAAUUAUUACUUUUAACGACAUCGACUUUAUGGAUGUUUGAGCAGUAAAAUCCAUAAUGUAUGAUUCGUUAUACGCACGCUAGAUUACACGCAAUAAUAAAAAACAGAAAACCAGGAACAAUAAUUAUGUACACAAAUAUUAUAAUAUCUUUUGUUAUUAUUGGUAAUAUUAUUUAUACUUGGGUACUUAAAUGAAAAAAUAAUAAUAAUAAUAAAAACAAAACUAUAAGCAAUUACAUUAUGCACAUUUGAUAUUAGCAGAGGAACAAUGUCGAUAAAAACGUAAUGUACUUAACGUUGUAAUAUGUGAUGUAAAACCAUAAACGUUUAAAAAAAAAAAUUUGUUUUUAAUUUUUUAACUAAACGUAUACCUCGUAUAGCUGGUACCCCGUUUAUCAAUUAUUUAGUAAAUUACCCAGUGUAUAUUUAAAUAUUAUAACUAUCAUGUAUUUAUUAGUUUUGUUUCUUUGUGUUUUUUUUUUUUUUUUUAUAUAUAUAUAAAACCUUCAAAUUUUAUACUGUACAUUGUAAUAAUACAAUAUUACACUAAGUAUAUUACGUUGAAUCAAUCAACGUGUUGCCGCCGUCGUGUUGUGUUGUCACAUAGAUAAUUUUCGGUUUGUGUUCCGUAUGCGAGUUCAACUGUUAAUUAAUAUGUAAAUCAAUGCAUUAUUAUUAUUUUGUCACACGCGUGACACGUCGCGUAAAUAUUUUAAACGUUAAACAUAUCAAUUUUAAUAUCAUGACGUUUCGACGUUUAACAAAUGUAUAAAAAGAACCGCAAAAUAUUUACACAACAAAUGGAAAUAUUUCAAGUAUUAUUAUUAUUACGUCGUUGCAUCGUUGAAAGGUCCAUUAUCUUGCUUCGUGUCAUCGUGUCUAAUAUUUAUCUAUACGAAAACCCUUUUACCUAUAUUGUAUGCUGUUUUUAGUGUUGUUUACACGGAUUUUAAAAAGAAUAAUGUCGUCUCAAGAGUUUAAAGAAAAAAACACCGUGAACCAAAAAGAAGACAGAGUUUGUAAUGGCGUGUGUAUGUCCGGAGAUUUAUUCGUGAGUAGAAGGAUCUGACGGAUUUCCUUUCACAAAUACCGUUCUUUGGACCAAGAUGAAUUCGUUCUACUUUUAUUUAAAUCCUCUAUUUUCCAGAAAUUUCGGGGUUUGGGGGUGAUAUGCAGCUCUUCCAAAAAUACGCUUAUGAUUUAUUGAGAAAAAUUACAAACAAAGUCAUUAAGAGGACGCUAUACCCAUAUGUGGUAUUUAGCUAAUACUAACGGGGAAUAUAACAAAAUCUACUUUAAGGUGGUUUUUACUCUAAAACCAAAAUUAAACGAGUUCCACGCAGUCUGCGUAAGGUAGAUUUUGCUAUAUUGCUCGUUAGUUGAAUUGAGACAUCACAUGCGAAUAUAGCGUCUUAAAUAAAUAUUAAAGGUUUACUUAACUAUUAGGUAUCUAGUAUGUAUCGAAUCGAUCAAUAAUUUUGUUUCGUUAAAAAUUAAAAACAUUAAACUUUAAAUUCACUACAGUAAUUUAACAAUUAUAUUUUAACCUUUGUAUUCAUCGGUGUGUAUUUACGAAUGUUGUUUUUUUACUGGGUGGAGGAGGUGUGCAGUGGUGCCCAACCUAUGUUUUUAUGGUGUAGUCGAAUUCGAAAUUUAAAACCACCACCUCAAAAACCUACUCAUAUAAAUGUAUACUUUCCAACCCCUACAACCCGACUAUCCCAAAUUCCAAUUAGGUACCGAGAACACACGGCCACCCAAGAUAUAUGAAGUGUAGCAACUACUCGAAGUAUAUACUUUGGGCGCCACUGGGGGAGCUCGAUUUAACAUAAUAUUGACGGCUAAGUGAUUUUGAUGAAUCAACCGAGCCGACGUAGUGGCGGAUUUGAGGAUUUGAGGAACAAUGGGAUACGAUGUGACGUUAUUGCACUAUAACCAUUUAAUUUAUUACAAAAAAAAAAAAUUAAUAUUUUAAUAUAGUUAGGUAACGGUUAUUAACUCUAAGCGUCUAAAAGAAAUCGAUUUUUUGACUUGGUUGGACUAUCUACCAAUACUAUAGAAGUUAUAUGCACGUAUAUUUAUCGGGCUAUAUAGACACACUGUCUAUAUGUACACACUGAUAAAAGCAUAAUUUUUAGCUCUACAAAAAAAAAAAAAAACAACCCUUUAAGUUGUGAAACAAAAUUAACUACUCCCGAAAUAAUAUGUCAAUCAGUAGUAUAGCUAUAGAAUUUAAGUCGUCGUACCUAUAUACAAAAAAAAAAUCCUCCGAAUCCCCCCACACCAAGCUCCACAUAACAUAAAUACGCCGUUUUAUUUACACUGUUGCUUAUUUUAACCCCUUUUGUAAUAAUUUCUUAUCGCGUUCAGAAUAUAUGUAAAAUAAUAACACAUAAUAUUAUUAUCGAAAGUUGACCGGUGUGUGUUUUACAAUUUUUUUUUCAUAAUACAAACCGUGUGCGACAUAUGUGAUUUUUUUUUUUAUAUAUAUUUUUCGUUUUUUUUCAUGUUAUUCAGUAAUCAAUUGUUGUUUUCAUUUAUUUCCGUUCCAAACAAAAACGAUAUAGAACAUUAUCUACAAUAAUAAUAAUAAUAAUGCGAAUACGAAAUAACUUUACUCAGUAACCCAGUUUAAUAAAACUACGGCAUUAUUUUAUAGUCGAUUGAAUUGAAUAAAAUAUAGCGCAUUAUUAUUAUUAUUAUGUUUAAUUUUCAUCCUUGUCAAUAUUUGUAUAAUAUUAUUAUUGUUGUGUUUGACGAUGGUGCGGAGUGGGAUUUGUCUAUUACACAAAAUUGUAUAAUCGUAUGUUAUACGCAUUUGUGCGGAAGUGGAGUGCGAAAUGCGGAUAGUACCCUAUCCGCCCAUAUACUAAUAAUAAUAAUACGACGCGAUAAUCAUACAUCUAUUUUUUUUUUAUAUACAUACAGAAAUCGAGGUUGUAACAAUAAUUGCGACGAUAUUUUUUUGUGAUAAGUACCUAUUAUUAUUAUUAUUAUUAUUAUUUUUUUUUUUUUUUACCACGAUAGUUUACAUCAUUUUUGAUAUAGUUCGACGAUAACACGAAUAAUAAUAUUUGAAAAAAAAUAAAUAAAAUUAAUAAUAGUAAUUUUUUCAACUCAAUUAAGUCAAGUUAAAUUUAAAUUUAAACAAAGUUGAUAAUAAAUUAAAAGUUAAUUCAAAAUAAUGUAUCAAUACAACUAAGUUCGAAGUUAACCAAAAUUUAAGAUUAACUUAUUAAAUCAUGUUAACUUAAUUUAAAAAAAAAAAAAAUUGUACAUAAUAUUGUCUAUUACCUAAUAUUUUGACCUGAUAAUCUACCUAUAACAGACAUUCGUAAAAGUUCGUAUUUUAAAAUGUUCAUAUAACAGUAAUAUUGAUAACUAUAAUAUUUAUUAUUCAAUUAUUUAUACGUGCAUACGCAUAAUAAUUGAAAUCAACUUAACUUGUUUAAAUUUAAAAUUAACUCUAGUUAAUUAAAAGUUAAUUAUUUUCCAUUCCUUAAGUUGAAAAUUAAUUAAUUUCAAAAAAAAAUAGAACAGAAUUAAAAAAAAUUAAAGUCUAAAACUUGAGCUAGAAUUCGGAUUUUGAAAAUGACCUUUAGAAAAUACAGAAUCACUCUGCGGAAAUGAAUAUUUAAACUUAAAAUUCUUGUCGAGUGGCGGUAUCAUCACUCACAACCUGUCAUCCUAACAUAUAUUUUCCGUUAUACGUCUAUUGUUUGCUAUAUUAUUUUGAAAUUAUGUUGACGUGGUGGGUGGUAAUAAUUGUGUUCUGUAUGUUGUACUGUUUUUUUAAAUGUUUAAAAAAAAAAAAAUAAACCUGAUUUAUUAUAAAUAAGCCCAGUACAGAAUUUAAGACCCAAUCCCAGAGUUCCUCACAAAAUAAAAUGUAUGAAGGUCCCACACCCCUCACGAAAUAAGUACUUUCACUAUUUAUUGGUAAGUUUCUUCACAAAUUCAUGUACAUACAAACUUUAAUUUUAGUUAUUUUAGGGAUUCUGAAUGUAGCGGUGAAUGCGUUGGUUUUACAAAGAUAUUUAUUUUUAUUAUUAUUAUUUUUUGUUUUACGAGUAUGUGAACGCUUUUUCUACUAGAAAUCUUACUCUGAUUUAUACGACGUAGAUCCUUUUUCUGAAAGGAAAUUUUCUUUGGGGUGGUACUUUAAGGAAGUCAUUUUUCUAAGAGUUUUUCCAACAAAUGCGAAAAACCGUGAAAAAACUUGGGAAAACCGGGAAAAAAGAAAAAAUUAGCACUAUAUUAAACAAUUAAUAUUAUUAAAGAAAAUGUAAAAUGUUUUUUUAAUUAUUUUAUCAUAAUAUGACAUAUAUAUUGUUGACAAAACACGAUUAUCAACUAAACUCCGCUCAGAAUCGUUUUUAGUCAGCAAUGAUUUAUCGUUGCUUACAAAUUAAUUUCCCCUCUAUAUCCUACCUUCCCAAAUUCUCCCCAACAACAGUGACUGCACUCGUCCCCAUUAUCUUAAGACACCUUUUUUAAAUUUUAAUUUAUCUCUGUUUAACUCUAUUUCUGAUAUGGGCCUUGAAUCUCCUACAAACUUCAAUCCGACUCAAAGUUAUACUGUCUGCUCAAUAACGGCAUCAUCACCGACCCACUGUCGUACUGUAGCACAGUGGGUAGCCAGGUUAACAAUAUUAUUGUCAGUUAAUGGUGGAUUUAGAUAUUAUUUAAAAAAAAAAAAUGAUAAGACUAAAUAAGAGGUGGAUGGAUUCGAUUGAGAAUGAUAUAAUAACGGUGGGUAUAUGAUACGUGGAUGAUGUGGCGGAUCGGAACAAGUGGAAGUUUAAGACGAGGAUGGCCGACUCCAGUUAGUUGGGAUAAAAGCAAAGGUGAAGAACAGAUAACGAUUGCAUUUUAUUUUAAUAAUAUCCUCUUCCUCAUUAUGUUCGCAAUAAAAAAUACACGUCAUUAAGAUGAUUAUUAUGGUGUGAAAUUAGUAAUAAACAGCUUUAAUUUAAUAUUACGGCUAACUGAAAUUAAUCGGAAAUUAUAAGGACACGAGAAAAAUUAUUGCUAUGCUCGUGGUAAUAAUAUAAUAAUUGAUAUACGACAAGAAAUCAAUAACAUACGUCAUUGAAAGCCGAUAACGUAUCGUUCGGUCCAAAAAAUAAAAAAUAAAAAAACAAACGGCUUUCUGAAUUCACUAUAUUUGUAGGUAUUAUAUAGGUGCCGAAAUACUAUCUAUUACGUUCGUUAGAACGCGGUUUUAUUACAUAUACAAUAGGUAUAUUAUGAAAGUAUAUUAUACUGCAGUCACUUAAAAUCCGCUUAAGUUACUGAAUUUUAUCAUAUAGGUAUAGUGAAUUAUUUUUUUUUAAAUUUAGACUAGGUUUUUAUAAUAUAUGUUUACGACACGAUGACCUCGGCAGAAAAACUAGUUUAACUAGAUAUGCACCUGCUAAUAAUAUGAAUACCGUCUUUAUUCUAAUAUACUACCGUGUAGGUCCAACGUGUUCUACCCAUUACACAUCAUAUUUGUAUGUUAAACAACGCAGAUAAGACCCAGAUAAAAACGUCUUUAUUUUUACACUGGUGUUAUAAUAACAUAAUUUCUAUAAUUCUGUAAAUAUUUUACUAUUUUUUCCAGUAUUUCGAAUUAUAAUUAAGCAAAUCUGAAACUAAUAAUACACCUACAGUAGUAAACACUCUAAAGGUCGCUGUGUGGGUUUCUUCGUGUGCGUCUAAUGAGAUUUUGUUUAUUUUGAACGCUGGAUAGCGGCUAUAAGAAGGUUAUAAUGAUUUAAUUUCGGUAAGAAUUUUUGUAUAAAAACGUAUAUUUCAUUGGCUUCAUUUGAAAAUUACGAUUUUUCUUUUUAUGCCAAUAUGUGUUUAUCAUGUAAUUCCACGGAUGGAUUCAUUAGCGUGGAUUCGUACAAAUAGAAAAAAAAAGCUGUCCUUGGAUAAUGGGUGUUGCCAUUGUUGUAGGUGUGAAGUUAGGGAGGUAAGAUACAGAAGGGAAUUUAAUGUAUAUCUGUAAGCGACGAUUAACCAUUGCUAACGAAAAACGAUUCUGAGCGGAGUUCAGUUGAUAGUGAUGCUUUGUCAAUAAUAUAUAUGUCAUAUUAUGAUAAAAUAAUUAAAAAAGCAUUAUAUAUAUUUUCUUUAAUAAUAUUUGUUUGAUAAAGUACUGAUUUUCCUCGUUUUCCCUAUGUUUUUCACGGUUUUUCACAUUUGCUGGAAGGACUCUUGGAAAAAUCGAAAAAUAACCUCUUUAAAGUACCUGUCCAGUCAGAUUUCUUUUUAAAAAAAGUGUUAUAGUGAAUCGGAGCGAAAUUCCUGGUAGAAAAGUUGUCCACAGAAAACAAAAAUCAUAAUAUUUUACUAAUAUGUUUCGUACAUUUUCCCGUUUUUCUCAGUUUUUUUUGUUGGUUUUUCCAAAUUUUUUGAGAAAACUCUUGGGAAAUCGAAAAAUGGCCUCCCUAAAGUACCACCCUAAGAAAAUUUCCUUUCAGAAAAAGAUCUGUGUUGCACCAGAUCAGGGGUCGGCAACCUGCGGCUCGCGAGCCACAUGCGGCUCUUUCUGUCUAAAGUUGCGGCUCUCCAGCUGCACACACAAAAAUUAAUAUUUUAGUUCAAAAACAAUAUUUUAUAAUAUAAAAAAAAAAGUAUAUUAUUUUUGUUGCUUUUGGAAAUAUGAAAUAAUACAUCACAAAAAUAAUUUGACAGUGCCCGCAUGGAGUACAGUCUAUAGUUGUAAAAUGUUUAUUAUAGAGUCUAAUAUAAUCGCGACGCUACCUACAACUAAUUGGUCAUACGCCGUCACGCCAAGAUAUGCAAAGCCAAUGCUCCCGUUGGUGUAUUCCCCUAUUAUUAAAAACUGUUUUUUUUUUUUUUUUUUUUUAUCAUAAAUUUAUUAUAUUAUUAUAAUUAAUUUCAUUAUUAUUAUGUCUAUUAAAAUUUAAAAAUAAAAUUAUAUUUAAAUACUUAAGAAAAUUUUUAGUGGCUCUUUAAAAUCUGGAAAAUUUUGUACAUUGUAACUUUUGGCUCUUCCGUCAAAAAAGGUUGCCGACCCCUGCACCAGAUGAUUCAUUUAAGUGAGUACACUCAUUAUCUCGGAAAGUAUUUAAUUUCCCAAAAUUUGUUUUAUAAAACAUUUAAAAAACAAGCUGCUCUAUAAUUUGAUAUUUAUGUUAAUUUUUGUCACCCUUAUUUUUGGGGGGUGAAACCACUACCUACUUUUAAUUUUCAAAUGGCAACCUAUAUUUAAAAGUCCAUAAAUAGAUGGAAUAUUAGUUAAAAUAAAUUUUAGCGUUGAAAUUUUUGAUUUCUGUCGAAUAUUUGACGAGAUAUUCCACUUUUAAAUUUGGGUUCGAGGAGAGUAGCGGAAUAUUAUUUGUGUGGCGGUACGACGCGCGGCGUGUUAAUAAUGCACCACUACUCUCCUCCAACCGGAAAUUAAAAAUGGAAUAUCUCGUCAACGGAUCAACGAAAAUGUCAACACUACAAUUUAUUUUAACAAAUACUCGAUAUAUUUAUGGCCUUUUUACUAUAGGUUGCCGUUUGAAAAUCAAAAGUAGGUAUAGGUAGUGGUUUUAGCCCCAAAAUUAAGGGUGACGAAAAUAAACAAAAAUAAAAAAUUGUAGAGCAGCUUGUUUCUAAAAUGUUUUAUAAAACUAAUUCCGAAAAAAUUAAAUACUUUCCGAGAUAAUGAGUGUACCACUUCUAAGUAAGAUUUCUGGUAGAAUUUUUGUACACAGUGUAAAAAAAAAUGUUAAAAAAAAUAUCUUUGUAUGGCCAAUACAUUAUUCGCUACACUCAGAAUCUAAAAUAUAAGUGAAAAUAAAUUUUUAAUAUUGAGUGUAUAGUAUUGUACAAUUCGCUGUCAAAAACUUAAUAUCAGAAAUUUUUCGUAUUGAAAAUUGUCGCGCGAAAAAUCGACGUGAUAUCGAAACCACUAAAUGCGAUUUGGUUCUGAAAUAACAACGUACAUAAUAUAAUUAUUAUAGUGAAAAUUUCGCGAGUAAACGAAAUUUCAGUCAAAAUGUUAUUAAUGUUGGCGAUGAAAACGUAUUCGAUUUCCAUCGACUAUAAUAUACAGGCUGUACCACGAAGAUAUACCCCUUAAAUAUCUCCGGAGAUAAUAGAAAUAAACAAAUUCUGACUUUUUUUAUAUUAAUCACGGAAAAUAGGAUUAUAUAUAUUUAUAUUUAAAUUCAUUUUUAUUUUUAUUAAAAAAAUAACUUUUUAUUUUAUUGUUUUCGGAAAAUUUAAAGAUAGCCAUUCCAUAAAGAUUAUUUUUCUGAAUGUUUUAUCGUAUCACAACGUUUAAACCCGAUGAAUAGUUUCUAAGUAACGGCCAUUUUGAAUUCUACUAAUCCGUGUGAAAACCGAUGUUAUCGCGUAACACGGUUAGGUUUUUUCCUAGAUAACAUCAGUUUUCACGGGGAUUUGGUAGAAUUCAAAAUGGCUGUUACUUAGAAACUAUUCAUCGGAUUUAAAUGUGUGAUACAAUAACAUUUUCAGAAAAAAAAAAAAAACAAAAAUGUAUCCGAAUAUAAAUAUUCGUAAUCCUCUUCCCCGUGAGCGAUAUAUAUAUAAAAAAAAAAAAAAACAAAAACAAACAGGAUUAGCAUUAUUAUCUCCGGAGAUGUUCAAGGGGUGUACAUCUCCGUGGGACACGGCCUGUAUGUACUACACGUAAAUCCGUUUGCCAAUGACAAUAUCGCGCCGACGGUAAUUUAUCAUCCGUAGUGAGUCUAUAUUAUUUUAUACAGUGGCUGAAUAGCAUUUUUGUGGACGAGAAGGUAUCGGUACAAUAGAGGCGGUGAAGGUCGAACACCGGUGUAGAUGGUACACGGAUGGUCUCGUGUCACCCGGGCGUCACUGUUGCAAUUGUUACACUCCGGUGUUAUUGUAGACGCGUUGCAGCGGGCUUAACCACACCAAAAACAAAACAAACGACGAUAAAAUAAAUUUAAUUUAACGCAUCUUCCCGUUUUCGCCCGUAUCCCUGUCACAGUCAACUUUUACUACCCGAUAAUUUAUCUUUUUAAAAAUGGUACUUCUUUGUCCGUGGUAAUAAAAUAAAAUUAUAAUAACAAUUUUUUUUUUAUCCAUACUAAUCAACAAAAUAAAAAAAAAAAAUUAAUUUUCGUUACCAAAGUACCGAAAUCCCGUGUCAGUCACUCUGUUUAGGGGUUUAAUUUCAAGGUACAAAGUAAACGGCGAUUUUUCUAUUAUUUUGAAUACCAAGUAUGUAAAGGUUCGCCAAGACCUAAAUAAAACUACACACGUAUAUUGACAGAAUUUUAAUUUUAAACAUACGAUAAAUACGUCUUCGGAUAACGACAAAAUUUAUUCGAAUUGGCAGGAUUUCAUAUUUUUUUCUUUAAAAAUAUCAUAAUUACCUAUACGAAACCCCUUGUAAAAACUGGAAGUCGGAUUGGAUGACUUCCCUCCGCCGAAUUGACCCGUUACGAAAAUUUUACAUUUAGUUUUUUUUAUGUAUUUUAAUGUUCAUUUGAAACCUUGGUUAUACGAUAAUAGUAGUUCGGUUUUUAUUUUUAUUUUUUUUUUAUGAACCUUGAUUUUUUUUUAAAAAUGAACCUUGAUUUUAAAAAAUAAUUUAUAACACUAACGACCACGGUUAUCACGAAGUGAUUAUCUACUUCGUGAUAACAUUAUUUUUAUUCUAUGUUACUAUAUAGCAUUUCCGAAAUUCGUUUUACACAUCGUGAUUUUGGGACGGUCGGCUAAAACCUUUUGUUCACUCCUAGUUUUCCUAAGUUAUGUCAUUUAUUUUUGUUUUUUUUUUUGUUUUUUACGCAUACUUAUGCAUAUGAUAUAUUCGGCUAAAAAUAAUAGGAUCGAUUGAAACAGCGAUGAUGAGUUCAUAAUUAAUAAGAUAAUUAUAGCAGCAUUGACUGUGGCAAUGAUAAUACGGAACGAAUAAAAAACUUUAGUUCGCCAAGCCAUUUCGCUGCUGCAGGUUUGCGCAAUCGGGCUAACCCUCCUUCGAACUUUGUGUUAGGGUAUGACGGGAUUGUGUAGGUGAUGGAUUGUGAUGUAUUAUACUUAAUGUACAUCGGUGUAAUAUUAUUUAAUGUGAUUUCGUGUUAAAAAAAAAUAUCAAAAGUCAAAAUGUACCCAAUAUCCUCAUUACUUUAAAUUACUUUACUUUAGAUUAUUUUUAUAGCGUUUGUAUAGAUUGAUUUUUUACAUUAAUUUUAUUUUGAGUGUUUUAAAAUUGUUAUUAUUUUUUAUGCAAUUGGGGAAGAAGAAAAAGACCAAAAAUGAGAUUGUUAUUAGGUACGAUCGUGGGAAUGGUACGAGGAAUACUAGGUUGUGCGUAGACGUGGGAGGUCGUGUCUGCGGGUAUUAGAUGGAGACGAUCAAUAAGGUAAAGGCCGACCACGAAUAGGCGAAAAGAAUAAAUGUAUUUUAUGCAUUUUAGAUUCGAUACGGAGCGAGGGAUCUAUAGGUUUUACUAUGAUGUGUAUUUUUACUGGUAUUUUUUAUAAUCUGUCUGUAAACGACUUUUCAAAUAGAAAACUCGCUCGAAAAAUGACGAGAGACUUUUUUGUAGCGUCUUGGAUCUAGUUGAUGUAUUAACAAGGUCGUUUUUCGAUUUUCCAAAGGGUUUCCAAAAUAAUUUGGAAAAACCGGACACAAAGUUAUGGGCGAAACGGCAACAUUUACAGCGCGCCGCGAGGUUACCGAUUGCGUAAUUUGUACGCAUUAUAGACGUGUUAAACCGUAAAUAUUGCUUUAUUCAAAAAAUGCAACAAGACUUUUUUGUUGGAUUUCGGAUCUUGUUGGUGAGUUAGACAGUCUUUUAUUUAUUUUCCGUAUAGUUUGCUAAAUAAAUGAGCAAAACCCGGGAAAAGACGUAGAACGAACGGGAACGUUUACGUCUUUAACCCAUUUCAAGUUUGAUAAAAAAAAAAAAAAAUAUAUCAUCUGUAUACAAAAUAUGUAUUAUUAUAACGUAUACUCUUAAUUUUCAACGUCAUCGCCAUGGGUCUAAUGACCCAUGUUUGCGUAAUAAAUUAUUAUAAUUUUUUUGGAUACGACCAGAGUGAGUCACUGUAAAUUUUAAUAUUAAUAUCAUACUUAUACGAUCCGAGAAUUUGUACGGGUUAGGGAAAAUCGUGUCUCCACUCGUAACCAGUAAACGAGAACUCGUAUAUAGGUUGUGCACUAUGUAGGUUAGGUUACCGAAUAAAAGUAAUCGAACAACAAUACGAUGAAUAUAUUAUUUGAAUACAUUGCUGAAACGUUACUAGUCAUACAUUUUUAAUAGUCGUCUUUAAACUUUGAGUCAACAAUAAGCGCAACAAAUAACUAUUUUUACCCAGAAAUUAUGUAUGUACAGUAUGUUAUUAUAAUAUGUUUCAAUAAAUUGUUCUUAAAUUAAACUCGUUUUCAAAAUUUUCUUAUACUACACAGUCAUUAUCAAUUAUUAUCUACCCAAACGUUUUAAAUAAUUGACUCGUGACGUUUCUACGAUUAUCGAAUUAUUUGUGAAUCACAAAAUAAAAUGAUUGAUACAAAUUCUGAGAACUUAAUAAUGGGUUCACAAUGACGCGUUUCCCUUUCUGCCUGUAAACGACUUUUCGACCAAAAACCUCGAUCGAAAAAUGACAAGAUACCUUUUUUUAUUGAAUUUCGGAUCAAGUUGAUGAAUUAAAGAGGCCCGUUUUUGAGGGGCUUUGAAAAUAAUUAGAAAUAUACGAAUAGGCAUUUUACAUAUUCUAGUUUUUUUUUUUUAGCAUACCUAGGUCUUAUUUGGACAAAAUAGUUGAAACAGAAAUGCUUGAAAACGUAUUAUAAAAUUUAUUAUAAAUUGUACAAAGUGGUGAAGUAAAAAGUAGAGCGUAAUGUAGUAGUUUUCUACAUAAUCGGUUCGUAUCAAAUUUUUACCAGAAUCGUAAAAAUAACGGCCUUUUUAAACAUGUGUAACUGAACAUCGUUCAGAUUCGUUUUUCUUUAGCAAUGAUUUAUCGUUAGGUACAGAUAUACCAUAAACUAAAUAACUUUAUGUACCUUACCAUCCCAACUUCCCACCUACAACCAUAGUGCAACCAUCAGCAGUUGAGCACUAUCAAUUCCUUUUGUUUUGACUGUGAACAAGUAUUCGAAAAUUGUUGCAAUCAUCCACUUCAGCAGCGGUUUGAUAGCGAAUUUGAUCUAGAUGGUACAUUACAGAAGUUAUUUUCGAUUUUCGUUUAGUCUUCUUUAUAAUGGCAAAAAAAUCGGGAAAAACUUCGAAAAACAGAUAUAUAUAUAUUACCUAUUGCAUAAAUAUUCCCGUCAUUUUUAGAGCAUAGGGCCCUCCAAAUAUCAGUACUUUCUUGGCAUGGUAUAAUUUCCAAAUUAUUCUGGCCUUUCCUGAAUCGCCUUUUUUAAGGUAUUUCAAAUUUGCCGAGCUUUUAUUGUUGUUUGUGAAUAUUUUCGAAAAUUUGAGAUUUAUCAUAAAUUGUUAUGAUAAACUAAUACAAACAUCGAAAAUCUGUAGUCAUUAUAUUAUUAUAAUUAUUUUUUUUUAUAAGCAUUAGAAAUUCAAAAUUUGAUGAAAACCUAACCGAACUCUGCAUUUCAGAUUCGAUUUUCGUUCGCAAUGAUUUAUCGUUGCAUUAUACUUUCCCAAUUUCUCACAUAAAACAAUGUAACAAGCAGUAUAAUAUAAUAUAAUCUUAUAUUGUUUUUUUCUCUAGUUUAAAUACAACUCUCUCCUAUAUGUAAUUAUAAGAUAUAUAUUAAUAUGAUAAUAUCGUGUCACGGACAAAAGUCUACUCGGUGAGGCUGUAAUAUUUACGAUUUUCGUUAAAAUUUGAUAACAAAAUUUGUAUAAAAAAAAAAAUUCUAUAUUGUACUUAAUUGUUUUUCUUGACCACAAAGUACGACUUAUAAUAUGAACCUUAUAUUAAAUUUUGAUGCAUUUCGUUUUAGUCUAACAAUUUUAUUCACAGCUAAUACCCACGAAAAAAAAUUACGUAAAAACUCGCAAAAUAAAAUGUCUAUAAAUAACAUAAAUAGAAAUUUUUUGACAAUUUUACCCUGUCAAGAAAAGACAAAUACAAGUUUUUGUUCUAAUUCCAAAUCUCCACGAAUAUUUUCAAUUGUAAUAAAACAAAAAAAAAACAAAAAAAUUAAAAAUAAUAUAUUUCGUAAAUUUUUCCAUUUCUCCUACGUUUUUUCCCAAUUAUUACGAAACUCGUUUGAAAAAUCAAAACAUAACUACCUUAGAGUACCACCCAAAUAAAAUUUCCUUUUAAAAAUGAUACUACGCUUGAUAUAAUCAAAGCAAGAUGUCUGGUAGAAAAGUUGUUUACAGAUAAAAAAAAAAACAUCAAUUGAAAAACCAAUACAUUUCUCGAUUCGCUCAGAAUCUAAACACAAAAACGAGAACCAAAAUCGUAAGACUGCGAAAACUUCCGUCGGAAAGUUUCUGUACGCGUGAAAAACACAUCUAGACGAAUAUCAUGCGUACAUAUAAUGUGUUAAAAAAACUGCACAAACUCACACACGCACACACGCAUACACACGCGCACACACACACACACACACACACACACACACACGCACAAAACAAACGUACACGGCCGAACACGCGACGGGUUUAGUUUUCUCAUUUACCGACGGUGGUUACGGUCAUAGUAACGCCAGUGUAGUUGUACCGCACUCGGACACUCGGUCGUACUUUCCCACCGUAUGCGGUUUGCCGGCGAAGAAUACAAUUUCAAAUAAUAAUAUUACAGCCGUAGUUAUUCCGGUUAAUUAUAAGCGUUCUUUUGUUUUUCUUCUCGAGGUGACUUUUGAAUCGAUUUAUUCGAUAUGGCCAAAAACAAAGGUAAGUCACGCGAUGCGCGCACAAUAAUAUUAUAAUAAUUUUUAAAUACCUCGACGUAUGCUUGUGUACAUGAUGUCGUGUUUUACCAUUAGGUAAAUUAUUGUCUUGACGGUUAUCUACGUAUAAAUCAUUUCUUUUUUAAUCUUUCAUCGUGUCUAGAUAAAUGAGAAAUAAGUUAUUUGUGCCGCGGCAAAGAGAUACAUCUGAGAGAGAAAUAAUCGAAUCGUCUAGAUCGAUUUAUACAUAGAUAAAUCGUUUUAAAUCGUAAUUUAUCUAUUCAUUUGAAAUAAUAAGUAUAACAUACAUUUAGCCAUUCGUAUUAGUAUGACUUGAGUAUUAUAACUAUUGAUUUACACAUCACGCAGCAUCUUUUAUAUCUAAACGUGACACGUGUACUUCAAAUCCGACGCGUUUUUACUUACUACUACUGUCUUUAUCUAGAUAACUAAAUCUUUAUGUAUCUUUUAUCUGCAUCGAGAUAUAUAUUUUAGUAAUUCCUCGUUAUCUUUAUCUAGACAGUAUAAAUGUAUCUUUGUACAAGGCUACAGUCAUACAUAAUAAUGUUACGUCGAAAUUUAUUUCGGUUUCCCCCGUCAAAAUAAUCGACGGGUGCGAUUUUUCGCCGUUUUAAGAUUUGAAAUUUCGCAAUAUUUUCGAAUUUUUCGCCAGCUUUACGUAAAAUAGUAAUGUGAGUUGAACCCAACCUCUUACAUUCUAUAUGUUUGGGAAAUAUAAGUGCGUCUAUGUAGAGCAACGUUUACCGAACUUUUUUCCUAAAUCCACGCCCCUUUUACAAACGUUUUAAACGGGACUUUAAUUUUUUCGGAUUAUAAUAUUACUCAUGGAAAAUAUCGUAAUUUGAUCUAGUAUUUUUUUCUUAAUUCUUUGUAUUUUAUUCGAUAGGAAUCUGACGCUUACGUAAAGAUUUUGGCUCUCCCCCUCCCAUCCCAUAUUGGAAACCACUGUCAGGACGUGUCACAGAGUCGCUCAAAUUCGUAUGCUUCGUCUAAUACGGUUUCGUUAUCGCUUUGUUCUAAACGAAUAGUAUUCGAACAGACACUUUUGUGGAAUAUGUCAAUAUUAUGACUGUCAAGUGCCGAUAAAACAUGUAUUAUUUUGUUUACUUUUUCAAUUGGAUUUUUACGGUUACGAACUAGGCAAAUAGAGAUAAGACAAAAAUAGAAAUACACAUAAUAAAAUGCCGUGAUACAUCCGCGCAUUGUUACGUUUGUGGUUAUAUAUUGUUAUCGCGUUAGUCGUGCAUUUUUGAUAUUCCAACUAGUACAUAAACAAUAACAGUAUGAGUAACACUAUAUUCUUGUAAUAUUACGAGCUCACUAAAAAAAUAAUAAUAAUAAUAAUAAAAACACAUUUUUUAAGCCAUUCAUAAGUUAUUUAUCACUUUAUAUUCGAUUCAAUUGUGUGCACGAAAUGCUGUCGAUUAACUAUCUAACGUUAGAAAUUGCAAAUUAUUUAAUAAUUCCAAAAAUGACGGCUCGUGAUGGAUGCGCAACCAUAAACGAAACGUGGCGGUAUAUUUUCAACUUAGCCACAUCUACACGGAUUUUUUUCGUUAGAACUGCUUAUUGAAUCGUAAAAAAUGUUCGAAAUAAUUGUAUGAUAUUUUAAACCGGUUUAUAGAAACAUAUUUCAACAAAUGGUAAACAAAUGUAAAUCGGUACAUUUCGAGUAGUAUUUUAUUAUUUUUUUUUUUUUAACGUCCGAGAAACGUUUCACUCGUAAUAUAAUAUAUGAGGUACCUACUCAAAACAAUUACACGUUUAUCAAUGCUAUAACAUACAGUACUUAUCAACUGAUAUAACUUAACAUCUUUCGAGUGACGAAAAAAAAAAAAAACUAACGUCUAUCCAUAGGAUGCUAAGUCCAUACUUCAAUUGUUGUUUUCUUUAAAUAGGCUAACGACCCAGACCUUGGAAGGUCACGUUGCGCGAUUACGAACCUAUAAAAACUACGUCCUCCGUGUUAUUAAACGAUAACUUUGCGUAGGACUACAAUCGUAAUAAAAUGAACACUGCAAAUAAUAAUGUAUUAUAAUCAAUAGUAAUACAAUAAUAAUAAAAUACCUGCCGACUAUUAUGAAAAUAAUUUGUUUGAAAAUAAUCGUACGAUAUAUGUAUUAUUAUUAGUAUUCGUACCGCAUACAGGGUGAUUCAUUAAGCUCAUCCCAUUUUUUCGGUUAAAUUUUGCGUACGUUCAAAUUCUGAUUUUUGGUAUUUUUAAAUGUUAUUAAAGCCAAUAUUUUCGAAUGCUUAGAUUUUCCACGACAUUUAAGUAGUAUCCUGUGGCAAUACCAACUUUGGUUUUUCAAUUGAGAACCUACAUUAAAAUUCCAGAAAUAUAUCGAGUAUUACUUUCAAUAAAUUUUGGUGUCGACACUUUUGAUUUCCUUCAAUCCGUUGACGAGAUAUUUCGCUUUUAAGUUUGGGUUGGAGGAGUGUAUAUUGUGGAGUAUCAUUAGCGUGGAGGCAUGGCGCGCGGCGUUUUAUUAGUGUACUACUACUCUCUCCCCCUUCUUAAAUGUUGUGAAAACUCUAAGUAUUCUCAAUAUCGGCUUUAUCUACACUUAAAAAUUCCAAAGUCAGAGUUUGAAUAUUUGCGAAAUUUAACCAAAAAAAUGGGGUGAGCCCGCUUAAUGAAUAACUCUGCAUAAUGGUAUGCGAAUUGUCCUGCAAUUUAUAACUGUACGCGUGACUACCGAUGUCAAACACUUGUGUCGGCUUUCGAUCAAUUUGCAUAGAUCGUUUUACGUACACCCAGUGCUCGAAUUAUUGGGAAAAUAAAAAGAGAGGGACUGUAUGAAUUAAAAACGUUUAAAAAAAAUAGUGUCCCUUGUAGCUUGCAAUUAUUUAACUCAAACUAACACGUAAGUGUUUCCUUUUUUUUUGGUAAACAACUUUUAUACCAGAAAUCUUACUUCAUUCAAAAACUUUACAGGGACUUUUUUUGUAGAGUUUAUGAUCUUAUUCAUUCAUUAAGGGGGCCGUUUUUUUGUUUUCCUUGUAGUUUUCUUAUUACCAGUUUUAUCAAAUUGUUCAAAACGAUUUUAUAAUAAUUAUAUAGAUGACAAUCGACCAAACUAAGUAUACUUGCUUACAUUCUGUAUAUUGUUACCGAAUCCCAAGGGCAAGCCCGAAAACAAAAUAUUCGGUAAUAUCAGGUGCGUCCACGAGGACGUCCCGUUCGCCGUACGAUAUCAUAUGAGUAUUAUGUUCCAUAUUUUCAUAUCAUAAAAUAUCGACUUUCCAUAUUCUCAAGUCCUAAGUGGUAUUGACUCGGGGUGGUGACACCCCUGGGUAAUUCGCUGUAAAUGUAAAUCGUUUUGUGGCAUUGUUGAUAUUACAUUGGACACAAAUGGAACUCGUCAUUUUUCGUGGAAACAGAAGAUAGUAUCCGUCAUUUACUUAAAAUUAUAUACUUUACAUAGAAAAGUCAUGAAAAAAAAAGAAAAAAAAUACUAUAGGAGUAAUAAUCAAUUCGCAAUAGGGUUAAAAUUACGUAUUUUUAAUUAAUAAUUUUGAAACUUGUCCGUGUAACCGUAUUGUAUAAUUAUAGUAAUAACCGAAUUGUUCAACUCAAUAACAGAAAUACAAUUUAAACUAAAAAUAAAACGGUGGUGUACUUGUGAGGGGGGGAGGCGAGAAGCCCAUUUUCUCCCUCCUCCGUAGGCCGUUUAAUUAAAUGAGCACAUUGUUAUUUGUUUUUGUUGUUUUUACAAUUAUUAGUUAAUAAUAAUAACUAAUUAAUAAUUAAUAAUUAUAUUAACUUGGUCAAAUUCACAGAUGUUAAAAUAUUUCUGUUAUCUAUAAUGGUCGUACCGGGUGAAGGUUUCGGAUGUUAUCAUUUCGUUUUGGCGGUUCAACCGUCGUCUCUUAUCGUUGAUUUCCAGUUACAAAAUAAAUGUGCCAGGACCGCCGGCUUAUGUGGGCUUACGCUGUUGCAUAUUUACUAGUGUAUGAUGUCAUUGAAUGAUUCUCCCUUAUGAUAACCCGGAUGUUAGACUUUGUACUAUAAAAUGUAAACCGCGCAUUAGUAAUAUUAAUAUUGUGUUUGAUUAAAUACAAAUAUCUUAUUGUAUGUAUUAAAAUGUUAUAUUUUACAAACAUUAAAAGUGCCCAAUUCCCGUGUCUAUUAAAACGUUUUUUGUAGCCGUGACAUUACUUUUCGGAGAAAUUUUCUUUUUUAGAGCGGGUGAAACUAUAUUAUUAAAGGUCAUUGCAGUUGCGUUUUUGAUUUACCUAGUUGGCGAAUAAGAAAGUCGUUUAUUUUUUUUUUUUAUUAUUAUUUUAAUUAUUUAUAAAACCCGGUGAGAUACAUUGAAUUCCCUUUUAUAUGCUACCUUCCAAACUUUUCACCAACGACAAUGGCCCACCUAUCGUGCGAAGCACGUCCGUUUAUUUUUUUAUUUUUAUUACCUAUUGAAAACGUAUUCCAUAUUAAUGUGUAUUUCUAUAACACACGACACACAAACACACUAACUGAUUAUUACUGACACACGGACGAUUGACGAAUAACAACUAAUAAUUUUAAAACAAAUCAUUGUCAAAUCAUUAUAAUUAUUGAUGCACGUUCGCUUUAACCAUCCAAAGGGCUUUCGCUAUUUUUAUUAUUAAUUUUGUUUCGCUAUUUUUACGGGAUACUGUUCCAUGCCUAGUACAAUUAUUGUGUUUACCUGUAGAAACCGAAAUAAAUUUAAUAUCUCGAUUUUUACACAGUCUACGGGACAUUCUUUUUUUCAAAUUUUUCAAUUUCCAUUAUUUUGAAACCUAUUAUUUUUUUUUUUUUUUUUUUUUUUUAAUAUUGGCUACUACGAAAGUAUAUUUAAAUUAACAAUAAUGUUACGAGUAACAUAUAGUUCCACGACAACCAAAACAACAAUCGUACUUAGCUGUGCUAGGAACUAGAAACUGUUAUAUACGGACGGAUUAUGGCGCUCAAACUAUAUUUGUAUAUGGUGUAGCAGAAUUUGAAAUUCAAAACCACCAUCCAACUCGAAAAGUUUUACCCAUAUAAAUAUAUACUUUUCAACUCCUGCAAUAUCCAUUCCAUCCGACUAUCCUAAAUCUCAAUUACCGGGACACAUCAACCCUCAUCCAAAAUAUGAUAUUGUGCAGCAACAAGCUGCAUUCUAAGUAUAGGUACUGUAUAGUUUGGGUCCGUUCUACUUCGAACGGACACAACAGGAAUAUAAAGUGUUCCAAUUUAUGUUUAGAAACGGCGGCACGGCGGCCACCGGGAUGGGUAAUAAUCCGUGGUAACCGUUUUCGAUAAUGACACAGUGGCUACCACAGCUAUGGCUGUCAGGUUUUUUUGGUCGGAAUUAUAAUUACGGAUUUGCGCGUUUUUUUGAAAUUUGUGUUCCAGAUAUCGACUUUUAAAAUUGGUUAAUUCGACAUAGUGAGUCUAAUCAAAAAUUAAAAUACAUAUGAACGGUUUUCAUCGUAAUAAUGACGAGAAAUUUACUAAUAGUUAAGAUAACCAGUAGAGUUGUGGCCAAGCUACGGUCGGCCGUUUUAUUUUUGGAUUUUUUUAAAGCGUCCAUCCCCCCCCGCUUUUAGAAACCGUCAAGGUCACGCUUAUAUGAGUUUUGAAUUUGUGUGCGCGUGAUUAGAAACGCAAAUGCGUGAAACAGAUCUAGAUAAUUCUAUGAAGUAAGUACCUAUGUAUGUAAAUUCUCGGCUUUGAUUACCUAAGCUAUUUAUAAUACGUCCAUAAAUAUUCCCCGUGCGUUUUUCGGCGAUAUAAUACAAUAAUAAUAUAAACGCAGCUAUAUACUGUAACGAAGACGAUAAAUCCGUAUUUUUACGAGUGCCUAGUAGACGAAACAUUUUAAUCAACUAUGAACUGUACGCGUUUAAAUUGCAAAUAAAAUUUAAUUCAAGCUACCGAUGCCCGAAACUUCGCCAGCAAAAAAAAAAAUAUACAAAUAUAUUUAAAUAGGUACACCGAUUCUUCGUGAUUGUACUCAAUAUGUUUUUCUAUAGAACAGUCACGGCUAUAUUAUAAAAUAUUGCGAUAAUUUGAUGAAAUCGAUUAAUAAACUUUACAUUUGAACGUUGCGUUUUAUUCUUAAAGUUAGAACAGACCGCGGGCGGAACGCUAUUUUUAUUUAUUUUUUUUUUUUUUGAGAACAUUAAAUAAUUAUACUUUCAACAUACAUAAUAUAAUUAUUAUAAAAGUUUGGCGAAUCGUUUCGCGAUACACGCAAUUGUUUUUCAUUAUUGCAAAUGUGCACGAUCUUUUUGAGUCUGUAUCCUCAUUGCUAUUGGAUACUAUUUAUUUAUUUGAAUUUAACGGGUUUCACAAACUAAUUACAUGUAUAAUAAUAGAUUUACAGUUAUUAAGUAACGUUUAGUAAAGGCACAGUGUAUAUAAAAUAGAUAAUAAGUGAAUUAUAAAAUUAGAUAAACUUACAGUUUACAAGGAUAAUGAACAAUGUUUGAUAACAUGAUCGAAAUAGUAACAGUAAAUGGUGCUUAAAAGAAGACAACUGAUGUGAGAAAAAGUCAAUCUUAUGUUUAUUUGAAAAAUACAUAAUUCUGGAAAUCGGACAACGAACAAAUUGUUUGUUGAGCGGGAAUAUAAAGGGUAACAUUUGAUCUAGUAAUACGCCACGUCAGACGACAAAACGUCAGACGGCCGAGAAAAUCGGGAAAGUUAAAUAGUAUUGUGAAGAAUAUUAUACAAAAAGCAUAGGUCAAUUCUACGUAAUUCAAACGAAUCCAAACGAAGAAGAUCCAAAAUAGGAGCGUAAUGCAUAUAGAGAAUGGCGACUACAAUAUAAUACUACGAUGUCAACCGUCAACUCAAAUUUUUGGCACGAAAACUCAAAAAAUUAAAUUAAAAUUAUUACUAUUUCGAAUCGGCAAUAACAUUGUUCCAAACACUGCGAUAAUAGUGUCGAGCACCGUAUUGUUUUCAAUGUCUAAUCGUAUACAAUCGAAGGGAAUAUGAUAUGUAUAUAAUAGUGUUGUACCGGUUUUUCAAUUUCGCGAUGACGACGGGAACCGUUUGACGGCUCUCUAAGAAUGUGGCCGAGAUCAGCCCGGUGAAAAAAAAUUAUCAAUUGGAUACUAUUGAAGGUAAAAUACUGGACGCAGUUGGUUCCGGUUAGAAACGAUUUGAAUCCGUGCGUCUGUGUAGAGAAGUGUUGAGAAAGUGUUGCGCUGUUGAACAAUAUUUUAGUCGAAUAUGGGCUAUGAUAUCUUGGUAUAUACCCAGUGAUGUAGUCGUUCAUUUUUUAGCGAGUGUACACAGUGACGGAACUAGAACUUUGCACAGUUUAACUUUAACAGUUUGGAGUAAAAAAAAAAAAAGAAUAGAAAAAUAUCGCCGUCUGUUGCCAUACACCGUUGAAUCGUUGUGAUAACACGCAUCGACACACAACGUUUUGAUAACGAUUAAAAAUAAACAAGACACGAAUAAUAAUUAAAAAGUAUACGCGUUUCUGUGAGCGUAUAGCCGAGUUUCAAUAGUAAAAAAAGAUACGGACGAUGGAUGGACCGCUAUGGUAGAUGAGAAGUUGGGAAGGUAGGAUAUAGAUGGGAAUUUAAUGUAUACCCGUAUGCAAUGGUUAAUGUUCGGUAUAACGAAAAACGAUUCUGAGCGGAGGAGUUCGGUUGCACGUACGUUUUGAAAGGCCAUAAAAUGUACGAUUUGAUAAUAUUACACUUCGUACAUUUUCCCGUUUUCUCCUCCGGGGAUCCUAAACACCGUAGUUGUUGGCGUAUGAUGGUAAUAAUAACGUCGGCGUAUAUGGGUUCCCACCCGAUCCCACCUGUUGAGAAUAGCCGUAUCGGAUCGCCGGCCGGACGACUAUGAUAUUAGUAUAAUAACGCGAAACCCGUUCGCCUUUAGAAAGACGUUUAAAAAGUGCGGUCGGCAAUCAAAACGUUCGCGUCGCAUCCGGUUAUAUCAGCUAAGGUCACGUGCGUACGUAUCCAAUACUCGUUAUUAUCAUAUAUAUAUAUAUUAUAUAGCGGCACGUAAACGUAUCCUUUAAUUAAAAUGACUCGCGACGAGUGACGAUAAAACACUAAUCGUGUGAGACAUACUAUUGUUAUUAUUAUUACUCAUUUUAUAUUACGAACCUUGGGACAAAUUAUUUCGUAUUGUUUUAUUGAACCAACGAAACCAAACCGAGUACAUCGCAAGGCGGUGACGACUGUACGUACAUGGUAUAUACCUGUACGCGUUUUUGUUUUUGUUUUUUUUUUUUUUUUUCGUUUUCAUAUAGUGUCCGAAUAACUAUAACGUCUGGCGCGUAAAAGCAGAGGGGGCACCAUUGUAAUAUACCUACGUGUGAUAUAUCCCGGCAUACAGAGCGAUACGAGUGUUGCGUCGCGUUCUGUAACGUUUCGUUUCGUUUUUUGAAAGACUUCACCCGCGGUCUACGCUGCAGUGUGUUCGAAAAAAAAAAGAAGAUCUGCGAACGACCGGUUAGGAACUCUACGAACAAAUCAAGUAAAAAAAAAAAAAACGCCAACACCGACACCGUAUCCUCCGCGUACGACAAUAAUGUUAUUAUUUAUUACGUUACACGGUAACGCGAUAAUAUUUUCUAAUUUUUUUAUGAGGCGAUUCCUGGCGCGGGCACGUACACUCGAACGGUCGAGCGUCCGCGUCCUUGAUGAUGACGCGGCCGUCGACGGGCAUCUCUUUGUUCGGCCGGCGCGUGUGUCUUCAGCGGUUUUACAAUGUCCGUGGACGAAACCGUACACCGAAAUCAAAAACAAUCGCCGUCGGAUGACACGCGAGAAGACAGCAGUAAACGUCAAACAGUCGUAUCGAUACCCGCGGCGCUACAUGAAAACCGUUUAGCGGACGGCCGCGGCGGCGUUAUUGUUUUAGCAAUAGUAUUUUUCGGACGGUGCGCGAUGAUGAUAACGAAUACUAUUUUCGUUAUGAAAUGCAGCCGGUGCGCGGUAACGCGACGGCUGUGCAGUCGUUUUACUAUCGUUUUUCUUAUUGUACGUACACGUUUUUUUUUUUUUGUUUUGAAAACAAAAUGUGUGUAACGAGAAAAAUGCAACGUUUUUCGGUCCACUGCUCCCGUGGGGCUGGAAACUUGAAAUUUGAACCAUAGCAUCCUUAUUACGACGGUCUCGUGCAAAGUGUGAAUUCGAGAGUUCAUCCCCCGUACGUCCCUUCCAAUAAUUAUAAUCCGUUGUUUCCUUAAAUGGCCAAGUUUCGACAUCAACGAAAAACAUUUAAAAUCAUUACUAGUGUCUGUGCGUAUCUAAGAAGUUUGUUUCGCUUGAAUUAUAGACUGUAACCGUUUGUUCAUUACCAAGAGUGUGUGAGAUUUCAUUGAAAAAUAAACUGGUUGGAAAAACGAAAGCAAUGGCAUUUACAGAACGUUCUGAACAAUAUCGAAAUCGGAAAUGUAUAGGCCAUACGCCCAUACUAGUUGCGCCUCGUUAACUGUAAAAGCUAAACAAUAUUUUCAAAUGGAAACGAAAUCAUUUCAGAGUUAUAGAAAAUGUUAAACUGUUAAAAUGGCAAAAUGUACUGUCUUUUCCGAAUCGGCAAAAACACUUUUCGAAAAAUAUAUGACAUUGACUUUGAGAUUAUAUUCGGACAAAACGUGUAAAUAAAUAAAUCGCAUUGUUUUUCAAUGUGCACGGUUUUCAUUUCACUCGCCAUAAUUAAAAUCAAAACGUAAUCGUUUAUAAUAAACGUGGUUAUAAUUUUCGGUUUUUUUUUUUUUAUAGACCCGGAGCGUAGUCAGGUUUACAGAGGUUAUUGUUUUAUUUAACGGAAAAGACUUAGGAAAAAGGGGAAAAUGUACGUGCGUGUAAAAAAGAACCUUAUCGUUCCGAAUCGGUUUUCGUUAUCAAUGGUAUACAGAAAUGUAAAUUGAAUUACCAUUUACAUUAUAUAUACCCCCCCCCCCUAUCUACAACAGUGACCUACCUAUCGUGCGAAUUAUAUCAUACGUAAACAGCGGAGUCAAUAUGUCAAGGGCUCGCAUUUAGUUUGUCGUUUGCGUCGUCGCCGUCGUUAUUGUACAGAACGGAUAAUAUAUCAACACACCAACGGCGAACGGGUCGAGAAAAAAAAAACGUUUCGGAUUCCCUCCGUUUCGUAUAUUAUACCGGACACUCGAUUGCGAUUGUGUUUAACCUCGAGUCACCGCGAAAACCGCUGGGUCAUCCUAUCGCCUUCGUUGACAUAAUAUAAUAUUAUUAAACGCGCGCAAUUAUCGCCGAUAAUCUAUCGCAACGAAAAAAAAAAAAAAAAAAACACAGAUAUAUCUAUUACCUACGUUUAAUUUAAACGCGACUUGUUAACCUAAUUUUCUCUGUGAAGUCGGUUCGCACUGCUUACACCCGACGCCGUUUCGGUCUUUAUCGUCCCAUCAUCGUCAUUAUAACAUACGCGAUUUUAAUCGGAAUACACGUGAAAUCUCGGAUGACGCCCAUGUACGUUUGUGCAACUAAAGUUAUUCGCGGCGCGUUUCACAUUUUUCAUUUGCAGUGUGGACGUUAGUAAUUCCGUCAAGAAUUGGGUGUACUCCGCGGUAAUAACAGCCGUCAAAACAGAAAUAAUAUUUAAUCCAUUCAAGAAUAUAAUAUAGCGGUAGAACUCGGAAUAGAGCGAUUUUUUUUCCAGCUGAGGGUCAAUCUCGGUUAUUUUUUACGGUGCAAAAUCUAUUUCCAAUGUACCGAUUGAUCUAUAGUUUAGCGAUAAGAAUUCAGAAAGCAGAUUUGAAUUUGCGUCGAGUAUACUUGAAGUCUUGAAAUCGGCCUUCCUACAUUUUUUUAAUUUUAUUUCCCUAAAUCCUAAGAAAAAGCCAUAGCACAGAAGGAGUAGUUAAACAAAUGGAGAUUUAUACAUUUUUAGAGAAAUUAAAACGCGAAAUCAAAUAAAUUCUUUUGUUGCGUGUGUAUGAUAAGACAAAGGCGGAAAAUCACCGCUUCCAAUCCCCUUAACGGUUUCAAAUAUUGCGGGAAUGGAACCUCGGGUUAUCGGUGAAUUCGUCUCGACAUUUUUCUGUUCGGUGCGACCGAAAGCUGCUGUACGCAAAUACGCAAUGAUAAUAUCACUAUGUUUCGGGGCCUCGUCUCUCGUGUAUAAUAAUAUCACAGCUGGUAAGAAACGAAACACAAAAAAUAUUUUUCGACGGCGGGUCUAAUCGUCAUCCAGCCAGUCGGACCGGUUUCUAAAUUCUAUGCUGCAGCCCGACCACAGAAUUAAAUAAUAUGACAUGUAGGCCUACGUUGCACAUCGUUGACGAUGCAGUCGCUACAGUCGGCCGCAUUUAACGUAAUUUCGUCUAACACAUAUUAUAUAAGUGCCCGGCAUUCACGAGCAAAGUGUGUAUAGUAAACUCUUCAGCGAGAAACGAAAACACACACACACACACACACACACACAAAACACUGCACGCGAUACAAUCGGUGGUUCGAGUAAUAUAAAAGAAAUACCCGUGCUAUUGCGUACUUACAUAUUACUAUUAUAAUAAUUUUAACAACGCGCUAUAAUUUUCGUCUUUUUAAAUCAUUUUUCAAUCUAACACGUGUUUACGGAAAGCAAUGUAGGUUAAGUAUUUACCAUUUUUUUUGUCGCGUGAAAAGAAAGUAGGUGUACUACCGUCCGGUAUCAAAACGGUCAAAAGAUCGUAAUAAUAUUAUUAUCGACAAUGACUAAUAUUGUGAAGGCAACGGUUAUUCAAUAUUGUGUAUUGUAACAAAAACCCAGACAGUAGUACAUCCUUUAAGAUUGUUUUGAUAUUUUUUACGUUUUGAAUAUCUAUACAUGCUAGUAUAUAUAAUUGUUCAAAAAAAAAAAAAACAAUUCUGACCAUAUGUUAUCUACGUAUUGAUAAAUAACACAAAAUCUAGGUCUAUAUAAAUAUGUAUCUACAGAUAGCGUAUUAUUAUGGUAAACUAUACCAUAAUUAUUUCUCUGACAACAAUGUACUUGCGUGAUAAAUGUGAAAUAUUAAACAUUUUGUUUAAAUAAAAUAAAAAACCCCCGAAAAUGUCGAAAACCUCGAAAUGCUCGUGUAUACAAAUUUGUAUGCAUAAAAAUCCCGUCUCACGAUGUUUGUUUGCGGUAAUCCCGAAACGGCUUAACCGAUUUUUACGAAAUUAUUCGUAAAUGUUUACGGUUUGGUCCAACUUGAAAGAUAGAAUAGUUUUCAUCCCGAUAGGUGACCUUCAAUAUUUUUUAUCGCAAAUUUAGGGAAUUUUUUAGAACAAAGGUAUAUUUAUAUGUUUUAUGCAGGUACGUAUUGUAUCGUAUGUAAUAAUUUAAUCCCUGAGCUGUGCAGCUAUCAACCGUAACACGGAUGAAAAAAAAUGUAAAUGAGAAAAACCGGGAAAAAUAACUGAGGAAACCGUGUACAACCGAACUCUGCUAAGAAUCGUUUUUCGUUAGCAAAGAUUAAUCGUUGCGUACAGAUUUUGUUUUAUUCGAAACGCGGGUAUACGAUAUACGUUCAUCAAUACGCGAAUACUUAUAGUUUUUAUUCACGUACGUCUUGUUUGUUAUUAAUUAUUUACAAAACAUCGAGUAUCGAUGCGUGUGACCUUUUUCUUUAUUCGUCUUAAACUGCUGCUGAUAAUCACGGCUCGGAACUUAAUGUUCUCAAACAGCGUACUAAAUAUAUACAUGCAUUUAUGCGUUUAAAAAAGUACAAAUGCAGGCUUUAAAAAUAUUCACUCUUAAAUUGUAUUUUUUUACACAAAUUGUAUAUAAAGAUGUCCUCUAAGGAUUUCUUUUAAUGCAGGUAUACUUUUCCAGAAAUCAUUUUAAUUGAAGAUUGGUAAUUUUUUGAAGAAGUAUUUUUGCUGACAACAAAACUUUAUACAGAUCUUGCGAGAAUAAAUACUUUUUUCAGGGUAUUGAUUACUAGUUGUUGAACUUCAGUGUUUUUGUUCUAUUAAUUUGUCCUGAUAACUGCUCGUUUAUGUUUUUCAAUAUUAAUGUGUUGAGUCUUAAAACAUUGUUUGUCCCUGUUUACCUUCAUUUCACAUAACAGAUUACAAAAAAGAUUCUAUCGGUUUUAAAUAUAUCCGACCGUACUCCAACACGAUACUUUUCAAACGAUUUAUCGCGGAUUGUUUAAUUUUUGGCAAUGAAUAAAAAUAAUGUAAUCAAAACGAAACAAGAACAACACUAAAUUGCGAACGUAUUAGUCGGAACUAACACUUUUAUUUAUGAGUGUCUAAAAACCGGGAAAAAGCGUAGGAAAAAACGAGAAAGUAGAUACAAUAUUAAACGAAUAUUAUUAAAGAAAAUACAUAAUGCAUAUGUAAUUAUUUUACAACAACAUGACAUAUUUAUUGUUGACAAAGAAAAACUAUGAACCGAACAUUACUCUGAGAAUCGUUUUUCGUCAGCAAUGAGUUAAUCGUUGCCUACAGAUGUACAUUACCUUUCACCUGUACCUUUCCGACUUCUCACCUGCAAAAACGCCCAUCGUGCAAAGUGUGUCCAUUUUUUUUUUUAAUAAUCGGUUUAAGAUCAAAUAAAAUAUGUAAAAAUAAUGGCCUUUUUAAACAUGUAUAACAGCUGAAUAUCGGUCAGAGUCGUUCUUAUCGUUAGCAACGGUUUGUCGUUGCUUACGGAUAUUAAUUGAAUAAUUUUAUGCAUUCUAUAAACUUACCAACUUUCCACUUGCACCAGUAGUACACCCGUCCUCAGUGACACCUCUUCUUUUUUUUUUUAAUCGUUUUUAUCAUCGUGUAGAAACGAAAAGCAAAAAAUCGUACCAACAUUAGUUAUUUAUUGCGAAAGAUUUGUUAGACGCGGUACUAAUAAAUAAUUAUUAUUUUCAAUUUCUUCAUACGGAAAUAUCAAGUGGUUUAUUAUUAUUUUUCAAUGGGUUUCAUUAAUAAAUAUUUAUGGGUGAUUAUUGUAGUUAAAUUUUAUUAUUAUCGUUGCGCUUGCGCUAUAAGUCUAAGGUUAUUUUACAGUGGACAGUAAAAGAUUACAUGCAUUUUUUUAAACAAUUUUUAUUAGCUUGGUAAAUUAUAGGUAUAUGUAUAUAUUUUUUUAAUGGCCGUUUUUUAAAUUUAAUUGUAUUUUUGUCUGUAUACAGAAUGCGAAGUAUUUUUAUCGGAUUUGAAUGAAGUGCCUGUUAUCCAACUCGGAGAAUUCUUGCUCCGUUUGGAACUGGACGAUUGUCUGUCGCCGGAAUUGCAGGCCGUGGCCGUAAACGAACUGAGAGAAACGCCGGAACAACAGGAAAAAUCGAUAGCCGAACUGAAAGCUUUACUCGAGGGUAAGUAAACCGUGAAUCGGCACCACAAAACAGAAUAUUUAAAUCUUAGUUUUGUAUUAUUUUUCAUUUUUGUACUUCUAUUCUAAUUUCCCUGUAUACUGCGCGUUAAACGAAACGAGAAAAAAUGAAAAUUUAUGACAUAUCAUGUGGUAAAUUAAAAAACACAAAAUAAUAGUUUUAGUCGUAUAAUUAUUAAAUUAUGUAGACAAAAUUAUCCAACAACAUUACCCGUGUGAUAAUAUUUUCAGAAACAGGUUGUAAUGACGAAAUGAUAUUGCUAUGAUGUAAGUCGUAUUCAUUAUUUUUUAAUGAUAUAUAUUAUAUGAGUAAAAAAAAAAAAUUACCCUCAGUGUAAUUUGAUUUGACGCAACGUCUAUAAUUUUAAUAAAAGUAUAUGAGAACACGAGAACACGUAUACCGAACUAUAUACUUACGCAUUUACGUCAGUAUAUUGUUCAACGUAAUAUUUAAGUAGUUACUUGGGGAAGGAGGAUUACAAAGACUACUUCUUGGGAUUUCUAAAAAUUAGAGUUUUCCCCCUCGUAAACCAAUUAUCUCGGAUUAUAGAAUAAUAAACUCAUAUAAAUGUUUGUGUUUUUUUUUUUCUUAUGUUUCUGUGCUCGUUACGAAGUCAUGAACCAAAACUUAGACAAUUCACGAGGAAAAUACUAAUAAAUAGUUCCGAAACGUAAAUUUCAGGAAACAAUUAAAAAACCAAUUAUGCCAAAAUUAGUUGCAAUAUUUUUAUUUUUUUUUUGUGUGAUUUCUCUCUAAUCAAAAUAUUAUAAGAGAUUAUUCGUAGCACUUUGGAUCUAUUUGGUGCAUUAAGAAGGUUUUUGAAUUUCCUUAUAGUUUUCAUAACAAUUAAGGAAAACUGUAGAAACGGGAAAGUUUACGGUAAUACUAACGGUUUCAUUAUUUUUGAUAUUGGUUUCCAAAUGGUUUACAAAUAAUUUUAAAAACCUGAAAUUUUCAUAUAAUACUUUUGUUAGGUUAAGACGAACAAAGACUAAAGGGACUAUAUAGUCCUCGAGACCCACCCCAAAAAAAAAAAUCCUUGUUGUGCCCUGGCAGUUAAAAUAAAAUAUAUUGUAUCAUUUUUUUUUCAUCGGCAAUAUACUUACUACUUGGAACUGCGUACCAAGUAGCCAGGAAAACCCCGGCCUUGAGGUUAAAAAAGAUUAAAAGAUUAAAAAUAAGGUUGCCAUUGGCAUCCGUUUUUAUUUAUUUUUUGUUAUUAAGUUUUUAUUAUUUUAAUCUUUUUAAAACACACAUUGUUGUAAUCAUUUUACCAUAAUAUGACAUUCUAUAUACUGUUGGCAAAGCAACACUAUCAGCUGAACUCCGCUCAGAAUUGUUUUUUCGUUAGCAAUGGUUUAUCGUUACUUACAGAUAUACAUUAAAUUCCCGUCUGUAUCCUAUCUAUCCAACUUCCCAUCUACAACAAUGGUUGCACCCACGUGUGAAGUAUGUCCGUCCUUUUUUGCUUUUUUUUUUUUCUUUGUCAUAAAUUGUUUUUAUUAGCUAUUAUUUAUUAUAUAUAAUAACAAUUAUAAUAAUCCAACUAGCAUCGCUGGCAUCCUGUUGUUAUGUCUUACAUUUUGAUUCGUAGUUGGUUUUUUUUCCUAAAACUAUAAUGUAAAAAUCUUUUUCACCAUUUCACCUAACAGAGGGUCCGACGUCGUUCGUCGCCGCAGCAACGAUAGUAGCCGGACGGAUAAGUGGUAGAUCGCGGGAAAAUUAUAUUUUGCAUCGUCGUCACUGCAUCAACGAGAGUAGAUAUUUUACAAUAUUUUCAUCGAAUAUGAAAAAUCGGACUUGAAAGUACUCGAACAUAUUUGGAUGUAACUUUUUAUCCAUUUAAAACAAUCUGCUUGAGAGUUCCCAUGUUCCCAUCUGCACAAUAUUUCUGAUCGAUUGAUAACUUAUACGACUUUAUAUAUCCAGCCGUUUGCCCUGUAGAGCUGGACGAUGGGUUAAUACAAAUUAACACGGUUUUUCAAUGGUACAACUCGGUUUCCUUUUACUAUGCAUAAGUGGAUAUUUAAUUUAUAUUUAUAAUUCAGUUCGGCGUCGACCAUCGUUACGUCCGCACGUAUGUUUAAACUGUUGCUCCGCUAUCGCNUAUAAUGAUCCGCCUAUUUGUGGAUAUUUGUGUUUGGAUUUUAUUAAAAAUUAUAAAAAAUAUACAUAAAUUAUAUAUCUAAAUAUUUUUUUUAAUCGGGUUUUUGAUUUAAAAAAAUACUCAUAUUUCUUUAUUGAAGUUCGGCGUCGACCAUCGUUACGUCCGCACGUAUGUUUAAACUGUUGCUCCGCUAUCGCUGUUUUUUUUAUCUAGAUUAUUCCAGUUUCCAUAUCUCUUAUAACGUACUAUCAAGCUUUUAAUUAUCUAUUAUAGCUACGUCUACAAGUCCGGCGUGCAGCCGUCGGUAGAUUACCGAGGCUGGCUAUCGCUUUUACGUAUUUGAAUUACGCAGAUAACGACAAUGGCUUCUCUGAACGCGGCAUCCUCAUGCAAACAAUCAAAAUCUAANGUCCGCACGUAUGUUUAAACUGUUGCUCCGCUAUCGCUGUUUUUUUUUAUCUAGAUUAUUCCAGUUUCCAUAUUUUUUAUAACGUACUAUCAAGCUUUUAAUUAUCUACUGUAGCUACGUCUACAGUCCGGCGUGCAGCCGUCGGUAGAUUACCGAGGCUGGCUAUCGCUUUUACGUAUUUGAAUUAAGCAGAUAACGACAAUGGCUUCUCUGAACGCGGCAUCCUCAAGGAAACAAUCAAAAUCUAAAGAUAAACUGUCAUCUAAUAUAGAGAAAAAAAACCUACCAAGAAACCUCAAUAUACAGAGUGUGCCUAGUGACGUGUUCAACGACUCACCUGAAAACGAAUGUGAUGUUUUCGAAACGCCAAAAAAAACCGCUAAGCGACAUCUUUCCUCAACAAAAUCCAAUGGCCAGGAAACAGAUAAUAAAAAGCCUAUGUUUGCGACAACAAACAGAUUUACUCCUCUUGCCACUAACGAUCAAAUAGAUCCUUUCACCAGUCCACCGCAGGCUCCCUCCAACACUGAUAACUGUGAAGCACCAACUAGAGCAAAUUUACCUCCCCCAAUAAUUGUCCGUGGCGUACUUGACUUUAUUAGCUUUCGUGAUGAACUCGUAAGGCUAGUUGGUUCUGACAACUUCUUCUUUAAAUCAUCCACUAAUGAUUUAAAAAUACAGUCAACUAAACCAGAAUUUUACCGUGCCAUUAUCCACUUCCUAAAAGAACGUAAGGCACAAUACCACACAUAUCAACCACGUGAAGAAAAAUCUUUCCGUGUUGUCAUUCGCAACCUGCACCCAUCAACACCAACGGCUGAAAUAGGAUUUGCCAUCGAGGAAUUAGGAUAUACAGUGCGCCAAGUAGCAAAUGUUAUCCACAAGAUCACAAAAAAUAAAUUACCUAUAUUUUUCAUCGACCUUGAACCGGCGGCAAUAAACAAGGAAAUUUUUAACCUAACGGUAGUACUUCAUACAAAGGUAAAAAUCGAAGAACCACACAAAAGGAAAGACAUUGUGCAGUGUCUCAACUGCCAAGAGUAUGGCCACUCUAGGAAAUAUUGUGCCUAUCCUCCGAGAUGCGUACGCUGUGGGGAGCACCAUCCAUCAUCUAGCUGCGGGAAGACUAGAGACACACCCGCCACAUGUGCUCUGUGCAAAGGCGACCAUCCGGCCAACUACAAAGGUUGCCAGAUCUACAAGCAAAUCCACCAAAUCCAAUCAUUCUCAAAAAGGCAAGGUACUCACUCGGCUAAUUCUCAUUAUAUAAAUAAAUUAAGUAACAUAAAUUGUAAAAUCACCCAGCUACCAACGGCCGCAGUUAAUCACCCACUACCCUCUCGUUCUUACGCCCAAGCCACAAGCAGCCAAAAUUUGCAAUCACCUCCUACGGCCCAAUCUAGCGAUCUCUCCCCUCUAACCAAUUUUAUUAACGAAUUUAAAGCUUUGAUAAAUCCACUUUUAUCUCUCCUCACCACUGUUCUCGAUCGCCUACUUACCCAAAAUGUCAAAUAGUCCUUUUACCUCACAAUCUUUAAUCAUCCUAUUAUGGAAUGCUAACGGUCUAGCAAACCACAGAAAUGAAUUAAUAACAACUCUAAACGAAAAAAGAAUCGACUUAGCUUUAAUCUCAGAGACCCAUUUUACCUCCAAUACUAAAUUUUCAAUUCCUGGCUACACGACAAUUCCAGCUAACCACCCUGAUAACACGGCCCAUGCAGGUGCAGCGAUUCUCAUCAGGUCACCUAUUCAAUUUACACCCCUUCCCAGUAUUAAUGAAGACUUCCUUCAAGCUGUAGCGAUAAAUAUUAAAUUAAACCAUACCCCAAUUACUAUGGUGGCGUCAUAUUGCCCACCUAAACACAAAAUUACGCAGACACAAUUUGAAAAUUUCUUUAAUUCCUUUGGUCAAUACUUCGUCAUAGGUGGGGACUUAAAUGCCAAACACCAUUCAUGGGGUUGUCAUACAUCUAACCCAAAAGGGAAAUCUCUACUAAAAGCAAUUAACAAUAAGCAAUUAUCUGUUCUUGCCCCUCCUAACCCUACAUACUGGCCUUCAUCACUAAGAAAACGCCCGGAUAUUCUCGAUAUAUUUGUUGUCCAAGUCCCUCCAAGAUUGAAUCAUCUAGUUACAAACUUAUUGGACCCGUGUUCCGACCAUUCCCCAGUUCUCUUAUGCUUAGACGCCUCACCUUAUCUCCAACCUGGUAAACCAUCACUGAUAAAUGGUGUUAUGGACUGGGAAAAUUUUCGUGAUAUAAUUAAUCAAAGAAUAAAAUUAAAUAUAAGUCUGAAAUGUCCAAGUGAUAUCGAUGACGCUGUUCUUAAUUUUACUGAAAUCAUCCAGUCAGCUGCGUGGAACUCCACCGUCCACCGGAAGAAAAAUGAUAGCUCUAACCAUUUGCUAAUUCCUGCACAUGUCCGCGAACUAAUAACCCAAAAGAGGAGAGCCAGAGCCCGUUGGCAAAGAACAAGACUUCCAUCUGACAAAAGUAUUUAUAAUAAGCUAACCUGGUCACUUAAACGUAUCCUGCAACAUCUAAGGAACGAAUCCUUUAAUAACUGGAUUGCAUCCCUAACGACCAGGGACAACUCGCUCUGGAGAGCAACACGUAAUUGUUUAAAACAAAAGUCCGCCCCAACUUCCUUAAAAAAAUCCGAUGGUACUUGGUGCAAAUCAGAUAAAGAGAAAGCUGAACUUUUCUGUUCUCACCUUUCGGAAGUUUUUAAGCCUCACCAACCAACUUCUAACGUCACCUUCUCGGAAACAAUUGAAAACUCUCUUAAUUCAGCCCUGCCACUUUAUCUCGCCCCCAAACCUUUUUCACCAGGUGUGGUUCUUCGUUUUAUAAAUACGUUUCCACUGAAAAAGUCACCCGGUAUAGACCUCAUCACAGCUGAGGUAGCUCGACAACUGCCAAAGACGGCUUUAAUUCACCUAACCCACAUCUUAAACUCUAUCUUGAGGCUAUCGUACUUCCCCAUUCAAUGGAAAGUAUCCCUUAUAAUCCUAAUUCCCAAGCCUGGCAAACCUCCCGAUACUCCAUCAUCUUAUCGUCCAAUAAGCUUACUUCCUUUCUUUGCAAAACUGUGUGAAAAAAUGAUCCUAAAACGAAUAUCCAAUAUAAUUAACGACAAAAAAAUUAUCCCCUGCACGCAAUUUGGCUUCCAAGACAAACAUUCCACUAUCCAUCAGGUACACCGCCUUACUGACUCAAUUGCCUACUCCUUAGAAACGAAGUCACACUGCUCAGCUGUCCUACUCGAUGUUGCCCAAGCCUUUGACAGAGUCUGGCAUCCUGGUCUCUUACACAAGCUGAAAAUAAUUCUCCCUCCACCGUAUUAUUUAUUUUUUAAGUCAUAUCUCGAGGACAGAUUCUUUGCCGUUAAAGUUGGCUCUGAAAUCUCAAAUUUGGCCCCAAUCCUUGCUGGUGUUCCUCAAGGCGCCAUCUCUUCUCCCAUAUUGUUUAACAUAUACACAUCGGAUCAACCAACCACUUCUCAAACUUCUGUAGCCGACUUCGCUGAUGAUAAAGUUAUAUAUAUUUCCGAAAAAAACCCAUUUCUUGCCAGCCAAUAUUUGCAGAACCAUCUAAACCUACUCUCUGAUUGGUAUUCCAAUUGGAGAAUUAAAAUAAACAAUGAAAAAUCAUCCCACAUCACCUUCACUCUCAAACAAUCCACAGUACCUCCAGUNUUUUUUUUAGAGGUACACGAUCAAAGUUUUUAACUAUUGAGUUUCAUUAUCGUUAAAUAAUAAAAUAAUUCUGUUAAUUUUACUUUGUCGGCGUCGUUAUAACAAUUCAAACAUUACGGAAAUUUUUCCAACGUUUAUCAUUGUUUAAACAUCAUAAUAUAUCUAUAUUUAACAAUUUUAACCAAUAAACUUCAAACGAAACCGGUUGGAUAAUCCUAACUACUGUCGGAAAUAUCCCUGAUGAACAUCUGAAUAUUCUAAAAUCCGGAUAAAAAUAAAUUCGGAUAUCCAUCAAAUAAUCGUAAAAUAUGUUCUCGAGAAUAUUGGGUACAUUGUUAUACGCACAUAUUAAAAUAAAUCUACGAAAAUCACUCUAAGAACGAAUAUUAUGCACCUAUCAUGUAUUAUGUAAUUCGGAUCCAGUCUCACGAGUAAAUAUAAAUAAUUGAAAAACUUUAAAAAUACUGCACAUAUUCGGGUGUAUAAUCGGAUUCUGCCAUUCGACUGUCAGAUUCCGAUCGUCCGAAUAUACAAUAAAAAUCCGAAUACAAUAUAUUGUUGUAAUAUUAUGACCCAAUACUAAUUCAAAUACAAACAAUAUUGUCACAUUUUUAAUCCGCCAUAAAAUAUUGUUUCCGUGUUGAGAAUUUGUAAAAAGAUUAUAACAUCCGGUAUACAUGUAGACGUGACCUAUUCCGUAUUCAUUGAUUAUGAAUUAUAAUAUAUAUAUAUAUACACAUAAUAUUUUCGAAAAAUUAGAUUUUCCGAUUGAAGACCUCGGAGCACACCGGAUAACAUCAAUUCGUAUCGUAUUGUUCGAGUUCAGUAAAAAGUUUUUUUUCGUAUUUUUAUUUGAUUGUUGAUUGUUCGGAUUUCGGGAGCGUAUAUUAUCUGACUGUAUAUUCGAUUGUAUUAUAAUGUUCGUGUCGGCUUCGUCUGGUAAUUGUAAAAAAUAUUCUAAAUCAACACUACAAUGACCGUUGAAUACUCUUAUAAUUAAUCAUGUAUGUUACGGUUAACGUUAAAAACUCGGAUAAUGCCAACUUUCUGUUCGGGAGAACCGAUUUUAUGCAACCGUCGGUUUUUAUUUCAGAGCGAAUUUACCUAUUGUCAAUCACUUAAAGUCUGUAUUUGUAUACGUUGUACAUGUUUUAUCGAUGUAUUAAUAUUUUCAAGCGAGAUAAGAGUAUGUGAAACAUUACAAUAUUAAAAAAUUCUCGUCUCGUUUGAAAAUUUGUGCGCCGAGAAAAAAACUAACGUAAUAACACAGACAACGAGGUAAGAACAAUGUUCUUACCUUAAAGUUCGAUAUAGUAAAAUCUAAUGUGAAAACUAAGGGCGAAAAUCGGUUCUGUCGAACGAAAAGUUCACAUUAUCCCAUUCGUUUAACAUUUGCCGUAAAAAGCGUAAGUAUACAUAUUACAUAAUUCAUCCGAAUUAUAGAGAUUUUUUUUUUGUCUUUGAAUUAUAUCAACAAAAAGUACACUUUCGAAAAAAAAUUUACUCAUACGUUCCAAGAUUUUCGAUUGUGGUGUUGUUUAUUUUUUUUUGUAACGCCCAUUAAUUUUACGAAUAAUAUUAAUAAUAUAAUAAUUAAAUGCAAUAACUGUACUUGGUGUAGAUAUGAAUUAUAAAUAGCGAAUUAAAAUCCGCCAUACUUAUUGUAUAUACAUACGUACACACGUAUUCGUUCGAAACUAAAAAAUUACACCGCAACGGCGGAUAAUAAUAAUUUUAUUACGUCUAUAAGUAGGUUAAUAAUAAUAUGUGGUACGGUUCAUACGUCCAAUAACUGUGCCUGUGUACGUAUUAUUAUAACAUUAAAAACAAAUUCCGUAUAGGUUAAUGUUUUAGAUAAAUCGUGUUGAUAAAAAAAAAAAAAAAUAAUAAUAAAUAUGUUUUACAUAAUUAAUAAACAAUAAUAUUAUAACACUCAAUAUUCUAAUAACUCGAAACGAAUAAAAUUAUUACGAGGCGUUUAGAUUAAUCAUUAUUGGCGGUACGUGCAUGUGGUAUAAAGUGUUUCGAGACCCGAUACUCGCGAAUUGGCAAUACACAAUAAUUAUUAGCGCUCAUCACUAUUUCAUCAUCAAUUAUUUAUGACUGUAUAAUACAUGAACCGUGUAAACAAAUGUAGGUUAAUUAUUUUGCGAUAUCUCGUUUCGAAUUUUAAACGUUCAAAAUGCGCCUAGACACGUGAAUUUACAUAUUAUGCAAGGCGAAAAAAAAAUAAAUUCGUAAUAUAUCGGUUUUAUUUCUUCAAAACGCGCAUGUGAACCGAUAUUUUCGGAAAAGACAGUUAAUAAUGUCCCAAUAGAAUACGCAAUAAAAAUUAUUCAAAAAACCGGGGUUUACACCGAUAUAUCGGUUAAUUUGAACAUUGAUUUUGUAUAUUGCAAUCAUCUGAUCACUAUACACUCGAAUUACAGAAGAUAUUUUUUCGUUUAAAUUAUGUAGUCAAAAAGCGUAUUUUCGAACAAAGUAUGCUUGAAUCGGAAAAAAUAGAAGAAGGGGAACGAAAUGUAGCGGCUCUUCCAAUGGCUCAUCAGUUGAACCUAACCCGUGGGGGGCUUCGUCCCAACUCCCUCCUCCUUACACUAAUUUUACAAACAAUCCAUUGCGUUCAACACAAUCCAUAGAAUAUAAAAAAAUUUUUAGACUAACAGCCUUCAUUGGUUAAUAAUGUUACAUAAUUAUUGUAUCGGUUAUCAUUUAUUUUAUAUAAUUUUAUGCCAUAAAUAACCGCAAACGUGUAAUAAAAAAAAAAAAAAAAAAAAAAAAAACACUAUAAUUUAUUACUGGACGAUAAAUUCUAAAAAAAAAAAAUCAAAAAAUACACACUAUAAUUUAUUUGAGCUGACGAUGGGGUAGUAAAUAUUUUUUCAAAAAUAUCAUUAUUUAUUCAAAGAGACGCGUACGUCCAUUCCCCCGACCCGGUAAAAGCAAUUAGCAAAGGGACGCUGAAAAAAUAAACAAAUAUGUAGUGAUAUACCGUUGUUGUUCCAAGGUCUUCUAUUCUUUUGUUGUUUAUUUACUGACGGGUAUUCGUUUAAAUAUUUAUUCAGCUAUACACGCGCAAUAUACGAUUUAUGUUAAUUAUACAAUAACAACUAAAUUAAUACUUGAUAAAAACAAAUGAAAAAUAGAUUCAAAAUCUGUUCUCGUGCAGUUUAAAUUGAAUAUCCACGUUUUCAAUUCGAUUCGUGGUAGUUUUCGGGGGCGAAACGGUUUUUCGAACUUAUAACACAUAGGUAUACCCGAGUAUUUUAAAUUAUUUCACGAUAUUAGCGCAAACACCGAACUGUAAAUAGUAUAUAAUGAAUACAGGAUUGUCGGCCUAAUCUAACCGUUACUUGAUAUCGAAGGGGUUUUUUUUUCUUCCCCAAACGCAUACUUGAACCUCGAUAAUAAAUAUAUGUAUUUUCGAAUAAAUGUGUCUGUAACGUCUCCACUCGGCGUGGAACACGACAAAAAAUUAAUAAAAAAAAACUGUAUAAGGAUAAUGGGGACGGGUGCAGCCGCUGUUGUAAGUGGGAUAUUGGAAAGGUAGGAUACAGAAGGGAAUUUAAUGUAGAUUUGUUUAAGCAACGAUAAACCAUUGCUAACAAUAAAACGAUUCUGAACGGGGUCCAGUUAAUAGUGAUGCACUGUCAACAAUAGACAUGUCAUAUUUUUUGUUAAAAUAAUUAAAUAGGCAUUAUAUAUUUUCUUUAAUUAUUUUUUUUUUUUCAAUAUUGUACUGAUUUUCUCGUUUUUCCUACGUUUUACUCGGUUUUCCCGGUUUUUCACAUUUGUUUGGAAAACCCUUGGAAAAAUCGAAAAAUGGCCUCUUUAAAGUAUCUUUCAGAAAAUGUACUAUUAUUGUAAAUCGGAGAAAAAUUUCUGGUAAAAAAGUUGUUCACAGAAAAAAAAAAUUAUCAAGUAGAAUAUUGUUUCACGCGUAUUUAUAUAUUACUGAUGACGGUAAAAAUUUGCAAAAAUAACACGACUAAAAACCAUAGGUUUUUAAAGAAAACAACGAUUAAUUUAAUUCGGAUUGUUUGUUAUUGGUUAUUUAGCGGACAAAGAUUUAAAGGUGCCCAUACACAACAAAACGUGGUUAAUACGUUUUCUGCGGCCGACCAAAUACUAUCCGGAAAGCGCGUACAAGUUGGUAAGCCACCGGUCACUAAUAUUUAUCGUAUUGUUUCUACGAUGCAUCGACGCCAGACUAGAUUUUAUUGUUUUUAAUUCGCGAUUUAUUACGUUGACAGAUCAAACAUUACUACCAGUUCAAAGUGAAACACGCCAACGUGUACAAAGGCCUUUCGCCUCAAAAGGAGAAGAAUAUUUUCGAUCAUAAUAUUUUGCACGUUUUGCCGAAACGCGACCAGGCCAGCCGCAGAAUAUUAGUGCUCGAAUUGGGAAGUGAGUGUAUUUUCGUUGCGUCAACGAUAUUAUAAAUAAUAAUAAUACGGUUACGAAAAAAUAAUUGUUAUAUUUCUGUGAAAAAAAAACCAACUAAAAUCGUCGUUGUCUAUAUCUCGUCAUACAAUAUUAUAUUCGUUGUUUUUAUGUUAUUCAGAGAAAUGGAAACACAAGAAGUGCACGUUGGACGAAGUGUUCAAAGGUGCCGUGUUAUUUCUCGAAGCGGCCAUAAUGGAACCGGCCACACAGGUGGCCGGAGCCCAGGUCAUUUUUGACAUGGACGGCUUGUCGUUGCAACAGACCUGGCAGUUCAGCCCGCAGUUCGCCAAACGUAUCGUCGAUUGGUUACAAGUAAGUUACGUAAAAGUCUAAACGUCCUCCCAACCCUGGUACUAUACGGAAUUUUAUAUAGAUAUAAAAAAAGUACUGGAAUAAAAAAAAAAAAAAAACAGAUAAACCAAUACAACAAGCGUGUAAUACACACAAUCAUAAAACUGUAAAACAAACAGACGAUUUAUAUUCACGAUGCUAUGACGUGUUAACACCUACCGAAUUUUCUAACCGGAGUUUAAAAAUGCCAAUCACUUGGUUUCGAAAAUCAAAAGGCGACAGUGUACUUUUACGGUCGAACCUUGAAUGUACAAUAAUAUUUUGCAUAUAUUUUGAGCAAAACCAUUAAACCACGAUUAUAUUGCCAUCGGGUCCGUGCCCAAGAUUUCCCGCAAAAUGGCCUAAAAUAAUUACAUAAAUUAUCAGUAUUAACCAUGGGUUAUACUACAAGAAUCUUUUGGAAGUUUUAAGUUAGUUUUCUUAUCUUUUUAUUCGAUAAUAACACCGAAUAACUAUCCGCAUGACGCAAAAAAACUAAGUUUAACGCGACGGAUUUAACCCUAAACACCCGCCCGUAACCCCGUUACGCACGUGCCUAAUAGCGAUGACUGAUCAAAAACAAUUAUAUUUACUCGUAAUUUCCGUAUGCAUAUAAAAAGGUCCCAGGGAAGAAGGGCUUCAGUCAAUUAUCGUCUUUCUCUUCCCCCCCCCCUUAUUUAUUUUUCGGUCACACAAGAGUACGUGCACACUGCACUCGUCACACAUCUUAUACCGAAAAUUAAAAUACAUCACAAGUCAUUAAUUAGAUGUACCUACUUUUUUUACUGUUUGUCGAAAAAAGACAUACGUCAUAUUAAUGAUACGGGGUGAUAUAACGUUUACGCCAUUAUGUCGUUUGACAAUACUUAAAAUUGAAUUUUCUCGUAUUGAAAACUAUUUAGGUAAACAAUUUACUUGAACAAUUCUUUCCUGGGACCAAAGAUGUAUAGUACAAUCGUGCAUGGGUUCGUGAUAAAAACAAAAUCACCGUGUAUCACCCCGCGUAACCAUGAAAAAUUAUUGAAACACAACGAGUAUUGUAUAUAUUAGAUAUAUUAAAUUUGCCGUAGGUGCGCAAAAUAGAUAUCGUAUUGAAAUAAACUAACGAUUUUUUUUCCCCCAAUGUACGACGUUAUAAAAUAAAUGGAGAUCUUAAAGUAAUAGAAAUGGGUGUGUACAUUUUAUUAAAUAAUAUUGAUUUUUGCUUAUAGAAAUUCUAAAGUCGUACGUAUAUAAUAUAUGUAUAUAGAUUAGUUCUAAGUGAAAGAAUUGUAUUGUAUUGUUCGUGUUAAUUAAAAAAAAAAACUUAUUCGUUUUCAAUACAAAUUCAAUCGAAUACAAAUCUCGAAUGUUAAAUGAAAUGAUACAUUUUUGACUUUCCCUUUUUUAAUAAAAUUCGGUUAUAAUAUUAUGUAAAUUUAAUCAAUUGGUGUAUUAUAUACGUCCGCGAUAUGAAAUAAUGUGAUAAAAAAGAAAAAAAGCUUUCGGCAAUGAUGUAUUGUUUAUUUUGUAUUGCUUUCAUUAAUUUAUUCGUAUAUUGGGUUUCGUAGAAUUGCAGAAUAGAAUAAAUAUAUAUAUCGCCAAAUAAUAUAAAUUUUGAUUUUUUUUUUUUUAAUAUUUACGCGAAAAACUAUUAAUAUCGGUAUUAAUCGACACAUAAUGACGUAAACAAAUGCACAUACGUUUAGAAAAAAAAACUAAUCGGCGGAAUUUUCCUUCUAUAAUUAUUUGCAAAGCGACGGGGCUAUAAAAGCGGUAGAUAAAUGAAAAAAAAAAAUACACAGACCGCGUUAGACCGUGUAAAAGGCGAUUUUUCUCAGAAGAUGUAUUAUUUAAAGAAUCAUGCAUACAUAUGUUUUUUACGAUAAACAAACGAAACAUAAAUAGGUACUGUUACUUUACGGUUAUUUAAGCGUUUUACGACGCCACCAUUAUUAUCUAACGUACAUUUCAUUAUUCUCUCCCCCUCCCCAAUCAAAACUUUCAAUUUUUUUUUUGUUCCAAUAUUUAGCAUAGAUUUUUGUGCCUAUCGCCACAAUUUACAUGCCUUAGUUUAGACGUUAUAUCAAAAAAUCAUGGGGGGGAGGUACUAGAGAAAUGUGCAAAUCUGUAAAAUCGCUAUUUGCUGGCGGGAAAAAGCAGUGCGAAUUUCGCUAACAGUCAUACAAAUGCAUGCGAAUCGCAUGCUAAAUAUUGGCAUCACCAAAAACUUGGUCCGCAAGACAAUGUACGGUCUUCUAUGGUGGUCCACUAGGCAAUAUCUACAAAAUUGAACAAAGUAUUUAACGAAAAUCAGUAGUGCAGGUUAUCGUAGUUUAUUUCGUUUAUUUAUAAAUGUAUCGUACAUAAUAUCACUUAUGUAUUAUUAUUGUCCUAUAAAGGACAAAAUAAAGUAGAAAAAAACAUAAUAAUAAUUAUAAAAAGAAAGGUCAUUAUUAGCGAAUCGUGGUGGUCCGCGGCCCAUCGAAAGUUCUCUAUAUAUCGUCCGUAUAAAGGUUGGAAACCAUUGGUCUAAGCCAGUGGUUCUCAACCUUUUUGGAUUCGUGUCACCCUCAUCCACGAUAACCCAACACUACGUCUCCCUAACAUCAAAAUAAUAGUUAUAUAUGUAGAAAAACUGAUUAAGUCCCGUUUCAGAUAACGUAGCGUUGUCGCACGUCGAACGGACGUAUUUAUCGGAUCUAUAGUGUUAACUAUAAAUAGAAAUAAAUAAUACAAAGAUAAGAAUUUUGCGAUAUCUGUGCCGUUUAGUGUGAACAAUUAUUGCGUUAUUUGACUGUGGUAGCAAUCACAUGAUUACCGUUACAAUAAUACGAUUUUAAAAAAAAUUCUAUAUUUUUAAACUUUUCCCCAAGGAUUUCUUGUCACCCCUACAUUGGAUCCAUAUCACCCAAGGGUGACAUGUCACCCCGUUUGAGAACCACUGGUCUAAGCUAAGGCAUGUAAAUCCAUGCUAAAAAUUGAGACAAGAAAAAAUUUAAUUUUUAAUGGGAGGGGGGCUGAUGAAACGUGUGUCGUUAUCGUCCUCGAAAUAUUAUAUUAAUACAGGUAAUUUUCUUUUUAAUUUUUUUGCUGAAAAUAACAUUUUUGACGGUUUUUUUUUAUUAUUUUUGCUCUUACAGGACAGCGUGCCGGCGCGCGUGAAAGGAAUCCAUAUCGUCAACCAACCGGUCAUAUUUAACAUAGUGUUCAACCUCUUCAAACCGUUCCUGAGGGAGAAGUUGCGAUCCAGAGUGAGAUUGAACUUUGAUAUUAUACUUAUACUUAAAACCAUACUUAUACUUAUACCUAUACAAAUCUUAUUUACUUAUACUUAAACUGCUUAUAAAAGAGGCGUACUUUCGGGGAUGACGGAGAGGAGAGUUCUGAUCGGAUUCCGAUAAUAUUAUACUAUUUUAUGUACCCGCGCAUGCCAAUCGGGAAAAUCUCGUCCGGAUUUCCAUUAACCGCGUUGUUCCCUUUAUAAGAUACUAUUUAUCAAAAGGUCUCCUUUUUAUAUUAAAAUAAAAAUAAGAAAACCAUUCUUAACGGUACGCCACCGAAACGCAUGAAAACGUAACGAAAUGUAUGUUUCACGCGCACUUUUUCUUUUUUUUUUUUCACACGAUGAAAAAUAAUAUUAAUAUAUUCUUUAAACGGGCGUAUACUUUGUGAAAGAUCAACGCAAUCAAAUGUGCGAAACGCCUUUGAAUUUUCCUUUCGAAACGCACUACUUGGGUCCUAUGUUAAACUCGCAGCAUUUCGAACGUUUCCGAUUUUCAUAGUGAAUUGUCGACCCCUCUGCAGCAAAGUCGCCUUUUUGAAUAACAAUGUUGUUUAUUUGCAUUUUUAUACAACUGCGCGUGCGAAACGUCUGCGCGGAUCUGUCUGCAGCAUGCGUAUAUAUUGUAAUGAACCUAAUAAUACCGAAUAAACGAUUGCAGAUUAUUUUCCACGGCACUGACCGGGCGUCUUUACACAAACACCUGUACCCGGCAUGUCUACCGGAAUGCUACGGAGGCACUUUGGACGUGCCUACAAUUAGUGGAGUCCAAUGGCACGAGCUCUUGUUAAUCGUGGAAAAAGAAUUCGACGGUACGUAUUGAACAUGUAGGAUCUUUAGGGAAAAAUACCCAAAACGAAUAAAAUUCACGAUUGAUCGAAACAGAUGUGUACAUUAAAUUAUAAUAGUACAUAGACUACGUAGGUACAGUGUAUUAUAUUAAAUACAUACAAAUUAAAUAAUAUUAACUACGCAUUUUGUGGCCGUUAGUUUACUUUUGUAAUUUUUAUUAUUAUUAUUAUUAUUUUUUUUUUUUUUUUUUCAUUAUUAUACAGUUUGCGGAACCCCUUUAUUUUUUAUAAUUACCCCGAAAAUUAAUAAUCGCGAAAUUUUUAAAUAAAUCGUUCGAUUUUAAGCUGUGCCCUCGGGCACACGAGUUUGAGUAUGGUUAUGCAAUUGUUUAUGAAAAAAUCUAAAGUGUUCAUAACUCAUAAUAUAAAGCAGUGGCGGAUCUACAGGGGGGGUGGAAAUGAUAGGGGCGAUCGCCACUUCCCUUCAAUUCUCCAAUAUACUCUCAGCUCCACUUUAAUACUCUUAGAUUAAUUCAUCAUUGAACUCGUCAUAAAUACGUGUCUAGAUACAAGAAUACCCAUAAACUCGUAUAAUAUACUGCGAAACGAGUUUUGUUUAACACAAUUAUUUAUUGUUUUUUUUUUUUUUAUAUAUACAUAUACGGUGACAUUUUGAUCCGGUGAAUUAAAACGUCCCCCCUAAACGGAUCAAAAUGUCCUCACCGGAUCAAAAUGUUUCGUUAGAUACCGUUUGUUUAUAUAAAAUGUAUGUAUAUUAUUAAAGCUCUAAAAUUGUCUCGCAUGGCUUUAACGGCGUCAGUAUUGAACGAGAAAAACAAAUUUAAAAAAAUAAAAACGUGUCCCCCCCUGUCUCUCCGUUUCCGCCCCGUACCUAUUGACCGUUGAUCGAUAUUACCCGGUAAUUUAUAUUUUUCAAAGUAUAAGUACAAUUUUUCGCCCGUGACAAUCAAAUUAACAAACGAUAACACUAUAUUUUUUUCACCGUGUCGCCAAAGUAUAAAUCCAUGAAUAAACAAAAAUAACUCGAUCUUCAUUCCAAAAAUAUCAAAAACUCUGUAUCAGCCACCCUUUGGGGGGUUGACAUUCGAGAUCAAAAAUAAAAUAUAUCCUAUGUACGAAUCGAAAACACAUUCCACGUGCGUGCCAAAUGCCAGCUAAAUUCGUUCUGUAAUUUUGGCGUAAAGGAAUAACAAACAUCCGUCCGAAUGUUCGUAUUUAUAAUAUUGAAAGGAUUGGUAGAAUUUUUAGGAUAAUAUUAAUUUAUUUCGAACACGGAUUUUUUUAGAUUUUUGAGCGUUUAUUACUUAAUCAAUAAUUCCAUGUCAUUAGUGGUUUUUUUUUUUUUUAUAAAAAUUAAUAUUUCAUUUUCGUGUAACACAAAAACCAAAAAAACCAACUCGUUUUAAUUAGUUUGAGCGUCAGGAUACUAUCUGAUAUUAAUCACUCGUAUAUAUUAAUAUUCAAUAAAAAAACUAAAAAAAAAUUAAAUUUUGUGUUAUAAUUUGUUUACAGCUAUCAACGAAUACGGUUACGUUAAAUGAGCCCGGCCAACGUCGGCGACGACUACGACGUCCUGAAGCGAAUUUAUCAAAAUAGUUAUAGAAAAUGUAGGUUUCGAAUCUCGUGACUUGGAUAAUAUUAUAUAUUUUUAUAAAUAAUUAAAAAAAAAAAAAAAAAAUUAAGAAAACGUAAUGGAUUUUAUAUACCGGUGUAAGAGCAUUUUAAUAUUAUAUACAGAAAUUA